CUGGGUGAAGGGUACCACAAUGCCACACUUUGCAGGUAACCCUUCCCAUAUUUACUUCUGAGCAACUUCCUUGUGUUUCACUUUUUCUUUUUCUUUUUGAGAGGUGUCUUUCAACCUCAAAGUUCGGUCUGCAUCACGAAAGGGGGCGGGAGAAGACAUUUUGUUGUGACACGUUACCUUGGUUGAACUGUUUAUUUUAUUUGAAACCUUGUUGAUUUGUUUUGGUUUGUUUCUCUGUCCAGGAGUGGUGGAAAAGGAUGGAGUUGGUGACUGGGAGGAGAUGAGUGCAUUGGUAACGGUGCCUUUCCCCUGGCCAUGAUUUUCAACUGUUGUUAUUUGUCCGUCAUUUAACCGUUAUUUGCAGUCACUUUGAUCUAGUUGUUGGUUGUUUUAGGUAAGGGCAGGGCCUGACAAGUACCUAGGUGAUCAAAAGGGGAAAAAGUAAUUCUUGGUUCAUUGCGGCUUCUAGAGGGAUGGAUGAUAUUGGAGGUAAGACUAGUUAUGUAAGGAGAGGGGCUUUAGACAUUUGGAAGCUAUUGCCCUUUUCUGGUCCUUCUCCCACCCAACAAGAUUUAGGCUCUUAUGUUAGCCUUCCUAAUUGUGUUUUAUUUGUUGCUUGUAAAAAUAUCCAAAUUCCACUUUAUAAUAAAAAAGGUAUCACAGCAAUUUACAACUACAUGAAAACAUAAAACCAGACAAUAAAUCAUAAAAAGUUUAAAGCAAGGGAAAAUAAAAAAAGAAAUUAGAAAUUAGAACAUCAAUAGACAAUUGUAUGUGGGAUAUGUGUGUGCUGAUCCUGAACACUAGGUCAUCCCAUAAUAAAACAUCAGUCAUCCACAAUUUGGUUGUGGAUGAAGCAGCAGCCCAAGUCUGUAUUACUGAGACCUGCAAGGGGGCAUGAGGCUGACCUGACCCACGUUUGCCUAUUUGGGUCCUUAGUACCUUGUUGAUAGGGAUGCUGGUGGCGCUGUGGUGUAAACCACUGAGCCUCUUGGGCUUGCCGAUCAAAAGGUUGGCAGUUCGAAUUCCUGCGAUGGGGUGAGCUCCUGUUGUUCUGUCUCAGCUCCUGCCAACCUAACAAUUCGAAAGCAUACCAGUACAAGUAAAGGUAAAGGGACCCCUGACCAUUAGGUCCAGUCGCAGACGACUCUGGGGUUGCAGCGCUCAUCUCGCUUUAUUGGCUGAGGGAGCCGGCGUACAGCUUCCGGGUCAUGUGGCCAGCAUAACUAAGCCGCUUCUGGCAAACCAGAGCAGUGCACAGAAAUGUCAUUUACCUUUCCACCAGAGUGGUACCUAUUUAUCUACAUGCACUUCAUGCUUUCGAACUGCUAGGUGGGCAGGAGCUGGGACCGAACAACAGGAGCUCACCCCAUCGCGGUGAUUCGAACCAGCAACCUUCUGAUCGGCAAGCUCUAGGCUCCACCCGCGUCCCACCAGUGCAAGUAGAUAAUAAUAAUAAUAAUAAUAAUAAUAAUAAUAAUAAUAUUUUAUUUAUAUCCCGCCCUCCCCAGCUGAAGUCAGGCUCAGAGCAGCUAACAACAGUAAAUAGGUACCACUCCGGUGGGAAGGUAAAUGGCAUUUCCAUGCACUGCUGUGGUUUUGCCGGAAGCGGCUUAGUCAUGCUGGCGACAUGACCCGGAAAAAUUAAAAAUUGUCUGCGGACAAACGUUGGCUCCCUUGGCCAGUAAAGCGAGAUGAGCACCGCAACCCCAGAGUUGUUCGCGACUGGACUUAACUGGCAGGGGUCCUUUACCUUUAAUACUAAAAAUAAAUGCACCUUGGGGUUUUUUGCAAGAAAUAUUUCAUGUUGGGGAAAUACGACUUUGUGACAAAGAUUGCUGAUAAAACAUUGCCGCCUAAAAGAUUUGUAAUAAAACAUUGUUUUCUCUUAGAAUGUCCUCUAGUCUUCAUUGCUCUGGGGGUAUGAAUAUUAUACAUUCAUGCUUUAUAUUCCAUGUACUGUCAGAAAUCUGAAUUGCUAACGUUUAUUGCAUGAUUGUGUCACUCUUGUUUGAAUAAUAGCUUCCUACUUCCAAGAUGCUCCUAGUUAUUGCAAAAGAGCUGUCUUCUGAAACAAGCUAGACAUGAUCUCCCCUCUCAAAACAACUGAAUGCACCCGAUAAUGGACCUUUCAGGGCUUGUUAAUAGAUAUAUUAACAAAUGUUUGCAUAAAUUCUCGUCUAGGUAAGGUCCCAUUUGAACACGUUGUCUGGGGAUGCCUCAGUGGCUCACGUUUAUGGGCUUGCAUAAAGAAAUGCAUCAGUGUUGUCUAGUGUUAGGAUGUGGUGCCCUAUUCUGCACGUGUAAUAUCCAUUAUGAAUGCCAUAUUGAAUAUAAAUAAAUGCCAUGUUCACUUCUGAUCUUAUUAUGCAGUCAAGCAUGAUGCUCAACAGUCAUCAUUCCCACACCAUGUUAGAGACCUGCAUUUGGUGUUAUAAUCCAUAAGGGUGGAGUUGGGUUAUGAAACUACAGGUGCCAAGGCCAUAAUUCACGGGCAGCAAGGCACGGUUAGCAGUUAGCUGUGCUUUUGUAGGUAAAUUAUGUAAAUCACUGACUUUAAAGGAAACACUUUUGCCCCUGCUCUUCUUUCCUUUUGUUAAUUGAAACUUAGAAAAUGUCAAUCCGCAAUAGGCAAACCCAUAUUAUUUUGCCAACUGCUUUCUACAAAUCUAUUUUUUCCUUCAAAAAUCACACCAAGUUUUUCAUCUUCAUCACCAUCACCCGUAGGUGCCUGAGGAAUGGAGAUGUCUCACAGAUUUUCUUUUUAAAGCUUCUUGCCUUCGGUCUUUUGUUUUAGAAUUAUCCAUUGGGUCUAUAGUUGAGAACCUCAAGAAAGCGAGAGAGGUAGCACAUGGUCACCCUGGAAUUCCUGAAGAGCUAGGAUGUUACUUGCAGAAAGCUCUUGAUGCAGCAGGAGGAUUGGACCUUUACCUGACAAGAGAGGCAAGUUCUAACAGGUAACUCAUUUAUCAUCUGGCUGUGACAGAAGGCGUGACUAAAUUUCCUUGUGCUACCUUCUCUACAUUGUGAAUGUAUAGUUCAGUCUAUUGUUAUGUGUUGGCUCUUUUACUGCCAUGAGUGGGAUUAUCACAAAUGUUUUGAUGGAAAUCUGGAAAAAAAAUGAAUAUUUCUUAAUGGCCCGUGAUGGUUAGGUGAUUUCUCUUCAUGGAAUCUAAUUGUUACAAAAAGGUUUUCUUGAUAGUCUCUGUUGGGAUUGUUUUGCAACCAGAGAAGAAUCAGAGUUUGGUGAGAGUGACACUUCUGAUCUACCACUAGUAAAAGGCUGGUGUGUUUGUGUGCAUGUCUGUUUGUGUGUGAAGGAACAAAAGAAACUGUUUUGGGAUAUUACAGCUUCCCUCCCAUGCCAGAUUGCAGCAUUGAGAGGGGAGUUAUAUUACUCAGUUUAAGCAAAAAUUAUUUAGGGGAGCUCACAAUGGCAAACUUAAACCAACUCCUGUCUUAAAACAAUGCAAAUAAUGAGACAUCCAAGUAAAAUUGUUACUCACUUGCCUCUCAAGCCAAGCAAUGGAGAUCAGGAAAAUAGAAGAUCAGAAAGUUUAAUGAAUGAAGCAUGGCUCUUAUUUCAGUCUGUGGAAAAAGUAUGCUAAACAAAUACACAGUAGAUGUGGGCCCACUCCAGUUAUUCAAUUAAUUUAGGCUACAAUAUUACACAGGUUGCAAUUGUAACCAAGUAUACUAUUGAAUCGGGCUUACUCCCAGAUACAUGGGGUUAGGAUUUCAGCCUUAUUUUGGGAAUAAAACUCCAUUAAACACUUAGACACUUCUAAGAUUGUGCUUUCAGAUGCCCCAGAGCUUGGGUCUUCAAAUAACUUACUCUGUGAGCAUUAAUUAAUCUGCUAACUAAAUUGCUUUAGUAACUAAACUAAUUAAUUAAGCUAAUUUUAGGUAUCAUUAAUUCAUCAGCCUGACUGGGACUGUCAUUAUUCCUUUCUCAGCUAUAACAAUAAUACCUGGGUUGCUAAAUAGUUCCCAUUUAUCAGCAUAUAUUCUGCUAUGGGGGGAAGAGAAAAAAGUUUGUUCAUUUCUUAGGAGCUACCAAUGUGUAAACUGUUCCAGUCUGUAGGUUAUAGGAAAACUGAGUGUUGGUUCUGUUGCUGAAAUAAUAGUCGGUAGUUGUCUGACUAACGCUUGCUGGUGAUAAUAGCUAUACAUUAUCUUAUUAAAGUUGUUCAAGCACUGGCGAGGGGCAGCAAAGAGGUUACCUGAAAUGUCUUACUCUUCCAGUCUUGGAGUAGCUGAGCAUAUCUGUUAUGGGUUAUGAAUUUUUUCUUAUAUUAUGGAAGACUGUGUGGGGAGCAGAGCAGGAACAGAUGAUGUCUAUUUCAAAUGCUGGCCUGGAGGUAUUCAUACCUAAGCCUUGUGGGGUUCUGCUUUCUUCCACUGAGACAGAUCUCAUUUCCUUGAAAGGAGGAGGAAUGCUUGGCUAUUCGAACAUUGCAGCUGAUGUUGCGACCCCUUAAAAAACAGCUGUAUGGAGUGAUACUAAUUAUCUACAUUGAUUGUUUAAUUGAUUGAUGCCCAGCCUUUUUCUCCCAGGAGCUCAAGGUGGUGUACAUGGUUCUUCCCCUCCUCAUUUAUUCCCCACAACAACCCUGUGAGAUAGGUUAGUCAGAGAUGCAGGCUGGCACUCUAACCAUGACACCACACUAACUCAGUGUGGAAUAAAUCCAUGUAAAAUUGUCAAGCAUUGCCAAUUAGGUGGCCAAAAACGACCAACUACACAAGAUGGUUCCUUCAGCAAGGUGAUCCCACCGAUAUGUACAAACCACUGAUCUAGAGCUUACAUUUUCUUCGGUGGGUUCAUCAUUCUGAUGUCUGUUUUGCCUGGACAAUGACUAUUCUUAUACAUGGGUGGCCAUAGUCCUAUAAGCAGUGCCUUGCUGGAUCAGGCCAGAGUUCCAUGCAACAACUUAUUAUUGCUCAACAACAGCAAACUAGGUGGCUCUGAGAAGAUUAUAAGUAGGACUUGAAGAUCAUGGCCAUCUUCUAUUACAGGAGUGGGAAGUCUUUGGCCCUCCAGAUGUUGCUGAACUACAGCUCCCACCAGUCCUUGCAAGCAUAGCCAGGGAUGAUGGAUGUUCAGCAACAUCUGGUGACUCAAAGGUUCCCCACACCUGUUCUAUUAGUUGCUUCUGGCACCUGAAAACCAGAAGUAUCCACGAAGAGAUCUGUCCUUCACAAAUUUAUCUAAAGCAAGCUAAGCUUGUGUUCAUCAACACAUAUUGAGGUAGCAAAUUGAUGUUUUUUUAAACACUAGGGUCAUAGCCUAAGGAUUUAUUGGAAAGGGGGUACCAAAAAAAAAUAAAAUCUGUUUCCAGUGAGUUGAUCCUUUUCUUCCUUUCCAAUUAUAAGGACAACGUCAUCCAAGUAUUGCCUUUUGAAUGUCCAAUUCAGUGAAAUGAAGGUCAAGACUAAUGAAGAGCAGCUCUCAAGCUAUGCAGAAGGUGAGUCCUUUGCAUUAUGAAAUAACUAUGUUUUGCACAUUGAUAAUGGAGUUUAGGCUUUGCAUGCAGGUAAAAUUUGGCAAACCCCAACAAAGGCUUCAUCUAAUCCUAUAUGUUUACUCACAAAGCAUAUAUGGAUUUCCAAAUUCUAGGUAGAACCAAGGAACCAUGAGAUGCAUACCUGCAAGCAUAGAGAUGUGAUCACAUGUUUUAUAAUUUUGCACUAUUUAUUUAUACCCAAGAGUAGACUAGCUUUAUACCAGUGUAGUUUAUAUUUAUUACAAUAUGUAGUGUAUAGGCUGCAACAACUAUUUCCUGUGGAAUGUUGCAGACAUCUAGUGAAUGUUGUGAAUGUUGACUGCCUGCCUGCCUGAUUCAUUCAUUCAUUUGUUAAAAUACUGAUAUCCUGCCUUUCCAUUUUAUGGAUUCUAUAAGUUAGCUGGCUAAUAUUGGAAAAAAAUUACACAUUAUAAUACACAAUAAAAACUAAAACAAAUAAACACAGCACCAACAUCAAGCACAGGGAACAGAAUCAAUAAAGCACAAUAGAGAAAGCCCUAUCCUCUUCAUAAAAAAUGGGAUAAAUGGAGCAGGGAAUUUAAGGAAGAUCUCAAUGUGUGGAAAGGUCCACUUGGAAGAAAAUGGUCCUUGGUGUAUCCCAGACCUAGACCAUUUAUGACAACCUUCUCCAACCUGGUGCCCUCCAGAUGUAUGGGACUAUAAUUCCCACCCACCCAUGCUGGCUGGGGGUGAUGGGAGUUUUAGUCUGAAACUUUUUGUGAAAACCAGUACGGUGGUAACUUGGGUUACGAACUUAAUUCGUUCCGGAGGUCCAUUCCUAACCCGAAACCGUUCUUAAUCUGAGGCGCGCUUUCACUAAUUGGGCCUUCCACUGCCGGUGCACCACUGGUGCGCAAUUUCUGUUCUCAUCCUGGGGCAAAGUUCGUAACCCGAGGUACUACUGUACUUUGAAUUGGGUCCAGAAACCAACUAGAAGCCAGAGUAUGUAAAAGAAGCAUUUGGUUUGCACAGUUAGUCACCUGGGCGCUGCAUUCUGGAACAGUUGCAGUUCCAAAAAAGCCACACCCUGCCUAAAGUGUGUUACCAUUGUCUAGAGGAUGUCACCAAAGCAUGACUUGCUUGUACUAACUUGUUUCUAUCCCAAAAAAGGGUAAAAAUAGCGAACUAACUUAAGUUGCUGAAAAGCACCCUUGCCAACUGAGCAUUCUGGGUACUGCUUAUGGCAACAUCUAAACAGCAGUUUUGAAGGCGGUCAGUUGUAUGGGCCAUACACCAUAGCUGUCAACUUUUCCCUUUUCUUGUGAGGAAUCCUAUUUGGAAUAAGGGAAUUUCCCUUAAAAAAAAGGAAAACCUUGACAGCUAUGCAUACACAGCAGAAACCACAGCUUUUGUACAAUUGAGUCCACAGUUCUCUUUCUCCUCCCUUUCUAUCCUUGCCACAAAAGGAGGCAAUCCUACACACUGGCAGACAAAGGUGGGGUGGGGGGAGCAGUCCGCCCUGGGUGCUAUCCCGGGGGGGUGACAUCAUGGCUGCCCCCGCCCCCGUGAUGCUCGGUGCCUGCCACGCACCCCCGGGACGCUCACCGCUCACGCCCCGGGAUGCACACAGCUUGCUGCGCACCUGCCCGACACAUGUCAUGCCCCCGCGGGCGGUAUGCCACACCCCCUGGGACGCAUGCCAACUACGCCCCUGGAUGUACGCCGCUUCCGGUGCCGGGGAGUAAUGGUUGCACAUUCUGCGUAGUAGCAGUCAUACUUCAAUUUUAGAAAAGAGGUACUUUCCCACAGAUAUUUCCAUGAUUUGCAUCAACACGCUGAAAAUUAUAAGUAUGCAGUUUCAGAGGAGGGCUUGCAAUCCUAUUACAGUCCAUAGGUACUCUAAUUUUUUUGUACCCCACAAAGAGAUAAAACGUAAUAGGUGUGCACACCCACAGGCUGAAGACAAGCUUCAACAAGCUUCCAUGUAUAAAUUCAAAAUCAUGCAAAUGGGAGAUAAAGAUGUGGAGAUAUAGGGUUGUAUACAACAAAGUUUUAAUGGGCCGAAGUUACUCGUGUCCAUUAAUUUAAAUGUGUCUACUCUGAGUAGGAGUAACAUUGGAUCCAACCCAUUGUUGCCAUCACACCAGUAGCAACCUAUUCCGUUCCUGGAGAAUGCACAGUCCAAGCAUUUGAUAUGAGUGAACAGCCUUUCCCCCUCAAGCCAUCUUUACUUAUUUUGCUGGCAGUAAGGAUAUUAAAUUAAUGAAGGAGGAGUCAGAUUUUUAUUCCUGCAAAAAUCUGGGUGUUUUUAUAGAGGAUGAUUUGUCAGGGAUGAAUACUGGUCCAUUUCAGAUUAUUUCAACACUCAGUGCCUUUGCUCCUCUGUGAAGUUAUUACACUAAAUCGCCAGGUUCGUGCAUCCCAGAUGUUGCCAUCUUUUGUGUAAUACAUCAUUGAAACAAAGUGCCCUGGCAACGUAUAGCAGGAAUACAUUGUUCAAAGGGCAGCAGCGAUGAUAAAUCUCUUAAAUGAUGUUGCUGUCUGGGGAUAAUGACUUUAAGAGCAAAUGCAAGGUAAUCUCGUGAUUCUCAAACCCCCCAUCGACUUAACAUGUCCCAGGAACAUGAUAUGUGAAACAUCUUGAAGCCUUUUUUCACAGGGGCAAAUAUUCAAAUAUUCAGCGGUUCAGGCCCUGCUUUAGAACAACGCUAGCUGGCAUUUAUCAAAAAGGCUUUUAACAUUUUAAAUGAUUGCCUGUUACUUCCUGAAGCUCCGUGUUGAUGCUGUCGCUUUGUGGUUAUAGUCCCAAUUCUGAAAUGUUCUUGUAUCAUCAUUCUGCGCCUUUGCUUGCCAUUUGAGUACGUCUUGAGUGAAACUCUGGGCCCCAGCUGCGCCGUAGAUCGACAGGAAUACCAUGUUUAACAGGCAUGGCUUCUCCCCCACAAAAAACUCCCAGGGAACCAUAAUUUAUAACUUAUGUUGGGGUUUCCAUAAGCCACAGAAGCACAACGACAAAACGUAACAGAACAAAACAAUCCGAUUUUAGAAAUUUACCACACAAGUUGCUCACCGCAAAGCAAUAUCUGUGAAAGCCCUACCUGAACCAUUUUUAAGCCUUUUUCAGAUACUAAACACACAUCCCACAAUAUUCCUCAAGACCUCCACCGCAAGGGCUAGAAGAGUGUUUUGUUUUCAUGGAAAUUGCCAAUCUAAAAAUCACAGCUCCCCCCCCCUCCCCAGGCAGCUUCUAGUCAGUUUGUAUAAAUAUAAAAGUCUCAUGCUUUGGACAUUGCCAGUGGUACUUGUGUAUGUGAAGUCAAAAUGGUAGAAAUGUGAUGUAUUUGCAUCCUGUUUUCCUUUCUGCCCAGGGCAACUUCACAGGAUGCUGGUGCAUAUGACAGGAGCCAAAACAAUUUUGAUAAUAGGAAGGCUAAAAGUCCCAUCCAUUUUGGCUAUGGCUGAACUGGUGCCAGAAGACAGCAGCAUAACCAUAUGUGCCACACAGCCCCAUUUUGGAGAAUCCAGCCAGGAGGCCUUUGAUUUCUCAGCUCAUGGCAACAAAAUGAGGGCACAAAUAGGACCAAUAAUGGACUCCUUGGAGGUACGGUUUUGCUUUAAGAACUGUUUGUUGAAUCUAAGUGACAAACACUGUUAAUUAUUGCAAAACUUCACAUACACCUGUUUUCUAAAUUCCCUUGCUGCUUCAUUAGACCCACCGAAGAUUGACUCCAUGAACGAAGGUCAUACAAAUUAGACUAGGCUCAUAAGAUUACCCCACCCUUGCAAUUAACAAGUUGCCUGGUGCAGAAUACUGCUGCAAAAUACUGAGGGUCUUAUCUGGGUGGGAGAGGGGGGAAAUGUAUGUAUUAAUCAUCUUGCUCCUCAUGAGCCUCCAGGUGAUUUACAUAAAAUGCAGGGAAGGAAAGAGGAAAUCUGCCAUCUAGACCUUGACCUUCAUAUACUAACCUGGAGUGGAAUUAGGAUCAGAAGGAUGCAUAUUUUGUGGUUAUAAAGGUUGCCUAUCUGUGCUACACAGGGAGGGAGGUUUGAGAGUCGAAAGGAAAAGGGCGCUAUUUGCUUCCCCCCCAAUCCUCAGAUUUCCCCAUGCUGCUUGGCUUAAAUCUGAACUCUUGAGUACUACUUUAUAUAGAAAUAUUGGAGUUGGGGAAGCAUGUUCAGGAGGAGGAUAUAAAGUUGUUAUGGUGGGCUUGCUCGAGAUCAGGCCUCCCAGUCAACAAUACAGCUUGAAAAAGGCCCAACAUUUCACUACCCAGCUGGGCUUUAGUUAGGGCUGACUGAGUUCCUCAUAUGCUCUUCCUGCUCUUCCUCACUGCAACUUUCUUUUGCAUUAUUUCUGCUGCCUUGCCUUUGGUUCUCAGUUAAACGGUCGCAAGCUUCUCAGACUCUUUUGUCGCUGUGUGCUUGACAGGAAAUAAAUAUGUACACCUCGAUACAAUGAUUUUGGCAGAUACACUGGGUGGUAGUGGGGGUGGAGAAUGUUACAGAUCACCUGCAAUGGUGCAAGGUUUUAAAAAUCCUUUUGGCUCCCUGCAAAGAGUGUGAAAUUAAUUGAAUUGCUGUUGCUCUCUAGUGCUCAUUCAGUGUAACUGACUGUGAAUAAAAAUAUCUAGAGGCAAGCAGAGUACAUGCAGUGUGAAGAUUAAAGAAGGGACCUGGAUGGGAGCGAAGACAUGAAAAUGGAACCUUUAAAGGAGAGCGCUGCGGUUGAUUUUCCGACGGCGUGCUGUAAACAGCCCUUGCGAAAGGCUAAGUGAUCUAGAUUGUCAAACACGGCCAGAAGACAGCACGUCUUCAAUAUCUCCAAAGUGGGGUUAAGUUGGAAAGAGUCAAAACUCUUUGUAGCACAUUUAGCACUGCUGCUUUUCUCUCAGCCCUGAAUAUCCAGAAUGAGGGAACAGAGGCUCCCAAAGAUGGUGGGUGGGAAGAGAGAGAGAGAGAGAGAGAGAGAGAGAGACCGGGAAAUGCCAAAAGAGGAAUAAAUACAUAUUUAACCACAUAUCUUACCCAUAGUGGUCAUUGUCCACCAAACAUACAGUGGUACCUCAGGUUACAUACACUUCAGGUUACAUACGCUUCAGGUUACAGACUCCACUAACCCAGAAAUAGUGCUUCAGGUUAAGAACUUUGCUUCAGGAUGAGAACAGAAAUCAUGCUCUGGCGGCGCAGUGGCAGCAGGAGGCCCCAUUAGCUAAAGUGGUGCUUCAGGUUAAGAACAGUUUCAGGUUAAGAACGGACCUCUGGAACGAAUUAAGUACUUAACCUGAGGUACCACUGUAUUGCAUUCAGGAAUCUCUCUCUCUCUCUCUCUCUCUCUCUCUCUCUCUCUCUCACACACACACACACACACACACACACACACUGAUCAACUGAAAAUAUUCUUGCCCACUUUUGAGCUCAUGUUGUGAUUGGUUCCACCUUGGACAUCGAUUACAUCUGAGCUUUUGAAGGUCUUGUGGUAGUGGACCUUGCUGCGAUCUGAACCAGCUUUCAUGUGGUUGGGCAGCGGGGAGGGGCUGCAGCCACAUCCUUUCAGGUGGCAACCCUCUUCAUGUAGAAAUUCAGCAGAAUGUUCAUAGGAUCUCCUUGUUAGUAGCUGUGCGUUGGAUCGGAUUGAUGUAGCAUUAGAGACAACAUUCCCUGUCCUCCUAUUGCCCCUUUCUGGUUUAUCCCAUAUCUGUGGUUAGCUUUCAUUCAUGAUCAUUAAAGCACUGAAACUCCCGCAAACACAGGGUUUACUAAUCUGUAUGCAUUGGAGCAAGCACAUCCUCUCUAGUGCAGAGAGGUUUCCUGGUACAGUACCUGAAGGUGCGCCCAUUCAAGGGAGAAAAGGGCUUCUUCAGACUGAAGACGAGCUGCAGUAAGGUUAGAUGGGCCAAUAAGAUUACAAUACUGAAUGAGGGAUGGAGUUGCUCUCAGAGAGAGAGAGAGAGAGAGAGAGAGAGAGAGAGAGAGAGUGUAGAACCAUCUUCUCAAAUAAGUGCCAUAUGGAGGUGCCUUAUGUGUUCUGCCUGCUUGCCAGAUUUGUUCCUUGCCAGUUUGUGUGUGUGUGUGUGUGUGUGUGUGUGUGUGUGUGGAGGGGAGGGUUGUUUAAGAUGACAAAGCCAAAAGACGAAAAAAUAAUUCAUCACAUAGAGGCAAAUGAGGCCUGGGACGUUAAAGCAAAACUGAGGCAACUCUGGAUAGGGCGGACACUUACCCAUCGCAAAAAAAAAUUGGUACAGUUUGCAUAAAUUUUGUGUAUAUGCUAAUUUAUUUGCAUAGAUGUGCAAAUUUAGAAAUAGCUCCUGUGAUUUCCUCGCCAUAGUGGGAAGGUCUGUGAACAGGUGACGCAGGUGGCCUCUUCAGCCUGCUGAGGUGUGCUAACUGUUUUGGGACAACUGCAAAAGGCCUCUUAGAAUUCUUUACCUGUAAACUGGACUUGGGCUAGACAACACUUUAAAUAGAAGACUCCUUCAAGAGAACUGCCUGCCAUGGCCACACUAGGUCUGGAACCAAGAGCAGGAGCCUUCUCUCUCCUUCUGUUGCUCAGCCCCCAAAAUAAGAAGCACCUGGAAGCUCUUGUAUGGGCCUGUCCAUUUUAGACGACUGCUCUGGCCAGCUUGUUCAAGAUCUCUGUCUAGGAUCAUUUACACACAGUUGUCUUGCUGCUUGUCUUUUGGUGCUUAUAGCUUUUUAAAAAGUUAAUACAAGGAAUUAUUUUUAGAUGUUUAUAAUUAUUAUUUUUUUGCUACCCUGGGCUUCUUUAGGAGGAAGGGCAAGAUAUUAAUUGAUCAAAUAGAAGCAUAUAGUGUUAGGCGCUGAGGCUGAUAUGGAGAUCUCACCACUUCUGCUAAGGCUCUCAAAACCUUGGCACUAAGAUUUGUCAAGCUAAAGCUUUGGUUGAAGCAGAAGGGAUCCUAUGAAAGCACAAAGGCAUGGCAUAAGAGGUUGGUACAUAACUUGGCAUGCUUUGAUGCUUAUUAAGUGGGAAUAGUAGCAUUUGCAGUUAUGGGUCAGCACAGUACUAAGCACAGUAUUUGGCAGCCAAUAACUGGAGAGGGGGGGGUGCACAGCCAGUGUGGUGUAAAGGUUAAGAGCAGUGGACUCGUAAUCUGGUGAACCGGGUUCGCGUCUCCACUCCUCCACAUGCAGCUGCUGGGUGACCUUGGGCCAGUCACACUUCUCUGAAGUCUCUCAGCCCCACUCACCUCACAGAGUGUUUGUUGUGGGGGAGGAAGGGAAAGGAGAAUGUUAGCCGCUUUGAGACUCCUUCGAGUAGUGAUAAAGCAGGAUAUCAAGUCCAAACUCCUCCUCCUCCUCAGCUGAUCCGUGCAGAUCAGGGUUGCUGCCUUAUCUCUACUUAUCAAAUAAUUUAUCUGAUGGGAGGGAGCCAUUUGCAUCUCUGUCAGGGCUCUGGGCUCCCCUCAUUCCAGUGUUAAGUCUACAGUGGUACCUCGGGUUACAGACGCUUCAGGUUACAGACGCUUCAGGAUACAGACUCCACUAACCCAGAAAUAGUACCUCGGGUUAAGAACUUUGCUUCAGGAUGAGAACAGAAAUCGCACAGCGGUGGCACGGCGGCAGCAGGAGGCCCCAUUAGCUAAAAUGGUACCUCAGGUUCAAAACAGUUUCAGGUUAAGAACAGACCUCCAGAACAAAUUAAGUUCUUAACCUGAGGUACCACUGUAUUAUACUCCCCCACUUUUGUUCAAGGGUGUCAAUUUGAAUAAAAUAUUGGGGAGGCCCAGGUAAGCACCGCCUUGCAUAACUGAUCACAAGAUGUAGCCCCCACACACCAUUUGAAUGGCAAUGCCCAUCAAUUUGGGACAGAGGCUCCCUCGAAUAUUUUAGGGGGGGGGAAGGGACCUCAGCCCCUAGGAGUUUGGGCCUAUGCUUUUGGCCAAAAUUGGUGAGAUCUUGGGGGGACCAGAUCAGGCCCCUGCAGUGUGGAGUAGCCACCCAUAUAAUAGUAAUGGGAGACUCUGACUGAAAUUGGCCACAGUCUUCCAACACAGAUUUCAUGGCUUUAGCACCAAGGCAGUUCCCCCCGCCUCUCCCAUGCUUUGCUCAACAUCCAGCCUGCAAAAGACUUCUUGCUCGGCCAUUUGUGACAGUUGGCUGACUAAUAAGUGUGUUCCCCUGCUAUGGAGUUCAGCAUUUUUCUAAGGAGUUCAACAUGGCCCUCUGCCCAAACAGUGCUAUGGUGCCUGAGAUAAGGCCAUGUUUGUUUCUAGACUCUAGAAACAAGAGGGGGGGGGAAGAGGAUGCCAUGGUGGCCAUUCAAAGCAAAUAAAUGCAAUUUGUCUCAGUUUUUUACCCCUGAAAAUGAGGACGUAUCCUGGAAAAAGAGGACACAUGGCAACCCUAUGCAAGACAGCUUUACUAAAUGGGGAAUAAGAAAGUUGUGUUCAAAUAGACAAAGAAAGCCACUAGUAUUUAUUUAUUUCACUUCUACCCCCACAUUUUUCUCCAAGGAUUCAUAGAAUCAUAGAAUUGACGAAUUGGAAGGGACCCUGAGGGACAUCUAGUUCUACCUCCUGCAGUGCCGGAAUCCUGCCCACAGGCAUCGCUGUGUGGGCUCGAACCACCAGUCUUCAGAUUGACAACCCUGGGAGGUAGGCUAGGUUGAGAGGCAGUGAGUGGCCCAAGGAGUCUGAGUGGGGAUUUGAACCCUAGUCUGCUAGGUCCUAGUCUGAGACACUAACCACUACACCACACUGGCUGUGUAUAAAAGAUGGCAUGGUGCAGAAGGAAGAGAUGUGUCACCCCCCUGGGGAGCUAUGAAGAUGCUGUCCCAUUGCCAGCGCUAAUGCAAGAUUCAGAUGCCAGUCUGGUCGGUUUCUGUACCUGGAAUAGGAGAGGGCACUGUCUUCUCCUUUGCUGCCUUAGGCAUCAAAAUGUUUCGGGCCAGCCCCUGUUGAGCUUAUAUGAGACUUGGCUACGUGGAGCUUUUCAUUGUCUCGCAUGGACGCGCCAAUAAGCUAAAGCCAAAGAUUUCCUGUGCGGAUGCUUUGCAGAAGGUCAAAGGAGGCAAGCUCUAAUUCAUGCCGCAGAUCAUAGACUGAAGGAUAGGGCAGCCCACAGGCUGCCUAGGUGCCCCAGUAGGGAUUUGGGUACACAAGGCAGGGAAUUAGCAGAUGGUUGUGCACACAGGGCGGACCUACUCUCGCACGUUCCCCAAUCCCUUUGCAGAUGCUGUUCUGAACAGCUGCCAAGCAAAAUUAUCCCGUAGCCUCCUGCUGCACAGGCUUUCUCUGCCUGCUUGGAUGCCGAGCAAAACAUAUGCGGUGGCCUUCUGUGAAUGCUCUCCUUUCUCUUUAAGACACCCAGGCCAUGUUAAAGGAGCUGCUGAUAUAGCCAGACUCUUGAUAUCCUGUGGCGGCCACAAGGGUCUUGCGUUUCCUGUGCCUUGUGUCUUAGUUCCUCGCCCAUAAAGGGAGACAAUUGCCUCAUAAUAAAAGGAUAAUGAGAAUAAACAUGACAACAACAACAACAAACACUCAACGUUUUGAGUGUUUGAUACCCCUCACGUUGAUUAGGGCAGAAACCAUACAUUAUCGUCCUGAUGACAUGCUACAGGGUCCCCAUCGUGUAAGGCACCGUUGUAACAUGUUAUUUAUUUAUCUAGCGGGUUUGGAACUUUUCCCUCACGCCCUCCAGGCUUAUUAUUAUUUUGAUGGAGGCGCAGUUUCAGAUCGCUCCGUUUGAAAGCCUUAACCAGAUAAUACCGGGAAGUAAUAAGGACGCAUUUGCAAAAGCUGCUGGUAAUUGCAGCGCCGCUGUGGACGUGCGCGAGGGACUUUGCUGCCUUUGUCAUCCCCUCCUCUCGUUUCUUCGACAGGCUAGGUGAAGAGGUUGAAGCGCAGAUCUCAUUUCCCCCUGUUUGGCUGCUUGUGAAGUCUGCCAACAGAAUCCACCUUGACAAAGUCAAGGACUCCACGUUUAAUGUUGAGCUGAGUGAAUAAAUUAUGCAUGAAAUUGUGUCGGAGUCUCUAGUGUGCAGAAUUGCUCCUUUUGAUAUGAAAGGUUAAUUCAGAAAGGAGUCCAAAAUAGCUGGAAAUUGUGGGGAUAAGUGGAUAGUAUUCACUGUUGUGAGCUGUUAUUACUAGAAAUUGCAUUCCCUCUCUAGCUUCCCCCGAGAUUUAGCUUUGCCAGUGAAUAUAAACUGUACUCAAUAGAAUAGCAUCCAGAAGCAACAAGAGUGGAUGUCCACAUACAGUGAAAUAUUCCAACGGUGUUUUUAAAAGGGCCGUGUGCUUUCCCCCGGCUAUACUAGGUGCCCCUGGGGUAGCCAAUGAGGUGCAGCUCACAUCAUCCCUGAGUAUUGGCCAUAGCUGAUUGGACCUAUAGCUCAACAACAUCUGUAGUGCACUUUCUUGGCUACCUGUGCUGUAUCCUAUAUAUUCUGCAGUGUAGAAGAAUUGCAACCUCAUUUAGGUCAAGAACAAGGUGCAUCACUGGAAAUCACCAAGGUGUACCAGCACCGUAUGAAGACAGACUCUCUAUAUAUGGGCAACCGCAGGUGGAGGGCCUCUUGCCCUAUUUACUAUACUGCCCGCUGUACAUUGGACCCAGGAGGUGAUUUCUCACCCUACCAUCUGUACAGGAAAGAUGUCUCUCCCCACAGCAGAGAAGGUCCUGUGGCUUCUUAGCGAUGUAAACGCUUCAUUGACUCAUAAAGUCACCCUUUUUUCCUCUGGCAGCCAAAAAGAUCAGAAAGAAGACCCUGGACAAUAUAGCAUUAUUGAACUGUAAGGGAGAUGCAGAGAUCUAAAUAGAGACUAUUAUUUGCGGCACGGCAUCCCUUUAUGUGUAUUUGUUUUUUUAUUCAGAUUUGUCAUGGCCGGCGACUAGUACGGAAAAGUUAUUUGGAUUGUGUGCCAGUGGGUUUGAAGUGCCUUCCCUUAGAAUCCAUCCUUUGUCUGUUCGUUUUAAAGGAAACCAGAUAGCCAUGUUUGAAAGUGUCUGAUUGGGCUGUUGGGCGAUGUCCAGAUUCCCAUUUGAAUACUCAAAGCACGGCAGGUCUCUUUUCCUUAGGUGUCUCUGCAAUACCAGCUUGAGCGCCGUUCUUGUCUUUGCACCAGCCACUGCCAGCCAUUGUCAACUAGCAGUGCAGGGUGAAGCCCACUGUGUAUUAAGUUUGCGAAGCUUAGAAAUGCUGGCUCGGGUCAUGUUGAUCCACAAAGUGAGAGUUGUAAGAACAUGUCUAGACCUGACCAGAACUAUCCGGCAGCUGGAUUUUAUUAUGUAUUUUUUUAAAAGCAAGCAGGCAAGACAUUUGCUUGUUUAAAAGCAAGGACACCUGACUUGUUUUGGCCUCGGGGCCAAAUAACACAUAGCUAUGAUGUUUCCUUUGACAUGGUUAUAAUAUUUUUGAUUCCAGGAGUUAGCAGCCGUGGGGAAAGAUUUUGAUAUAGUCUUUAUUGAUGCCGAUCAAAGGAACCCUGCAGAGUACUAUCGCUUUGUCAUGGAGAACCAUUUGCUGAGGAUGGAUGGGACGCUCUGCAUAGAGAACGCCCUCAUGAAAGGAGAGGCCUACCUGGAGAAUACGGCAGAUGAAAAUGUAUUAGGUGUCAAAAAACUGAAUCAAGUAAUUAAUUCAGAUCCUCACACGGAGCAGGUUAGUGCGAUACAAUUAAGGGUGACAUCAAUAUUAUAAUAGCUUUCUGCAUGUUUCGGGGUGGAAGUGCUAUGUUUGUUUAGGCGCUUCUGCUUGCUCCCUUCCAUUUGACAUAAACAUACUGAUUAUCUUUAUAUAAGCUUCCCUCGCUAAUAGGAAUAUAUUAUAAUCACAUUAAGGUGAGGUGGGUGGUGACUGAGGACUGAGCCUUCUUUGUUUGUCUCUUUCCCCCCACCCCUCACUCUGAAAUGCUCUGCCUGUUGCCAGGUAAAAACAAAUUUAUUUGCCCGGGCCUUUUGAUUUGGUAUAUGUGCUCUAGUUUUAAAAGUAUGUUUGGUGCUUUUAGUGCUUAUUCAAAGUAUGCCUGCUGCUCUCUUUUGCUGUUACAGUGGUACUUCGGGUUACAGACUCCGGAAGUAGUACCUUGGGUUAAGAACUUUACCUCAGGAUGAGAACAGAAAUCGCACAGCGGCAGCAGGAGGCCCCAUUAGCUAAAGUGGUACCUCAUGUUAUGAACAGUUUCAGGUUAAGAACAGACCUCCAUAAUGAAUUGAGUUCAUAACCAGAGGUACCACUGUAUAAGACUCUCUCUCCCUUGCGCUCUCUCUGUGUGUGUGUGUGUGUGUGUGAGAGAGAGAGAGAGAGAGAGAGAGAGAGAGAGUGAGUGUAAAAAAAGAGUGGGAGGAAACCUCUGGUGGGAUUCACUGUAAAACUAAAUAAUAAAUACAUUAAGAGCUGCUUAUUUUCUCUCUCUGCCGGAUCCACAAGUUUCAAGAUAGCUGAGAUGCCUGCCUCAUUGGGCAUGGGGAGACUAGAUGGAAUCAGAUAAAAGUUAUCACCGUAGCUUUUCACUGUAUGUUUCUUAGUGUGGCACUAAUGAGAUGGAGCUGUCAAUCUGGAUUUCCUACAUAUCAGAUAGUUAUAGGCCUGUGAAAUUGUAUUGGGUUUCUGGUGGGUCCCAGGAUUUUUCCUUGAGUCUGACACAGACAGGGUCUAAUGCUGGUGCUUCGGGGCAAAAGACGAAUUUGAGAGAAAGGGUAAGUAUGGCAAAGAAAUCAAGCGAAUCCCUCGCUCAUCACUGAGGGAAUGUCCCUCAUGCUGUCACUGGGCAUCUUUCCACACUGUUCACAUGUGUGAAAUAGGGAAGGAAGGAAGAUAGGGAAGGAAGGGUGCUCUCUGUCUCAAGUCAAGAGCAGACACAGGUGUGCUGUUGCCCAGCAGGGCUGCCUGCCUUAGACUCCAGGUACUUCAGGUAAACUCAAACAUGCACAGCUUUAGGAGAGCCCUGCUUACUCCUAGGUCUCCAGGACCACACUGGCUUCUCUCCCCCCCCCCCACUCACCUCUAUGUUCCCUCUUCAAGCUGACAGAAGCCAGGCAACUGUGAAGUCUUGCAUUCCAAGACCACAGACCCAGUUCAGACCAGCAGCAAACACACUAGUUUUCGCCACCAAGAUAGAAGAAAACCUUCCACUGAUCCCUUUCAAAACUGACGUUGCUGUAUCUAAAGGUGGUUUGUAAUGAGUGUUUCCUGAGACCACUGCGGGAGGGAAGGACCCCUGUUACUGGGAGAGGGAGGGGCAUUGCAAAUGUUUUUGACAUUCCUCUCUGAAAUAGUUGCCAUGACUGGGGUCAAAGUGAAUGGAUGAGGUUUUAUCUGAAACGUUUCAUGAAGUGUGUUUUCAUUUAUCAAGGUGGUCCUUCCUGUGGAAGGUGGCUUGAUUCUUCUCCAAAGGAGUCGGAUAUGUGCCGAUGAGGAGACUAACCUAGGAGUAUGUAUUUGCCUCUCUCUCAAUGGAAUUUGUGUGCAUUUCAAACUUAAAAGAAAGAAACAAACUAAAUCUGGCAAGUUUCUCCCCUCACGCCACUGACUUGCCAGUAAGGUUUGCCUCACACACUUGCAUCCCUCCUAGUCAGAACUUUGUUCCCCCAGUUGAUGGCCUCUGAUUUUUAAUUUGUAUUUUUUAUUAUAUAUGUCUAUAAUCCUAAAAGAAUUUUGAUAGUGUUGUGAUAUAGUGGCAUAUACGUAAUUUUUUUUAAAAUAAACAAAUAACACAAAACAUGAAUCUACCCUAAGGAAAUAAAGUCAAACUUCCUAACCAGCAAUCCUGAGCCACACAGUCCUGAGCACCCAGUGGCCACUAAUCAUGAUAGCACCAUAUUAUCCUGAGAAGUAGUCAUACAUGUGAAUGGGCUAGCACUAAGGAGUCUGCUUCCUAACAGCGGCAUCAUAGGACUGGGGAAGGGCAGUAGUGAAGUUGCAGCUGUUUUGGCACACCUCUGCGGUUGCAACAGUGAGCUCCUGCCCGUGCUCCCUUAUAAAACUGCUAGCAUAUUUGCAAAGCCAAGCCAGGUCUGGAAUGUUUUCAGAUUGGUUGGGGGGGGGGGGAGGAACCAACCGUAUGUUGAGAUUCCUGCAUUGCAGGGGGUUCAGCUAGAUGUCCCUCGAAGUCCCUUCUAAUUCUAUAAUUCUAUGAUUCUGGGACUGGCACUCAAGGCACUUUCUCAAAACUCCAAAUGUGCCCACUGUGUCAAAAAUGUUGUCAACCCCUACUAUAGAUGCAUACAAGUUGUGUGUGUGCUCUAUUCACAAGUUUGAGUGAGUGCAUAUAUUGAAAGAUUCUGGGCAGAAGGUAACGGAAACCAGUGCUUUUUUCCCCUAAAAAAUGUUUAGGGGUACUCUCAUUUUGACUCAAGAAAACCACCAUUUUAUAGUUCCAAUAAAUACAGUAAAUGGACAAAAUACUAAGAUUCACAAAAUGUUUCCCUGUGUCCCCCCAGGGGAAAAAAGCACUGACAGAAACUAUCAACAGAACUGUACAGAACAACCUUACAUUUACAGAGCAAAAUAUCAUUUUGAAUUAUAUGCCCAGCACAUGGAACCUUACAAAAGGACAAUAUGAGUGGACUCUCUGUGCCCUUACCACGGCAAAAGACUGAUACUGAUGAAUUGGAAAAGUAAAAAUGUGGUUCCCUUCUACGAUUGGAUUGAAGACUUAUACAAAUUUGCAACAUAUGAACAACUUGCACAUAAACGCAGACUUGCCAUGGAUAAAUUCAAUGAUAUUUGGAAUCCAGUCUUGCAAUUACUGUAAUAGGUUAAGAUCUGGUGAAGUGCAAUAACAACUUUGUAAAGAAAAAAAAAAGCUUGAGCAAGUGCAUAAAGUUUGGGAGAAGGGCACUGUCCUGCUCCUCAUUUAAAUGUUGAUUAUCCAUUGCAAUUGUUGAGCUAAUUCUGAUUACGCUUCCUGGGGGUUGGACUGGCGGAAUCCUUCCUAAAGCUUGCAGCAGCAAAUGCAACUCUUUCUAAGCAUGGAAGAAUGCCCAUGCUAGAAAUCCACAUCUUAUCCAUAUGGGGGCACUAUGUAUACACUCAUUAACGGUGAAAGGCUUGCCGAGCUUCCUGAUUUCAAGCUCUUGAAAGUGAGAGUGUGUCGGCUCAUCUUUACAUGUCACGCUUGCUUCCUUCGUGCCUCAGCGAACUCCUCUGUUUUGGUUACAAAAGGGUGUUGUGAAAGACGACGUGUUUUGGGGCCACCGUGGCCGCCGCAUCCUCGACCGCCUGCAGCUGGACGGCAAAGUCGCCUAUGUCACCGGAGGAGGCCAGGGGAUCGGCCGAGCCUUUUGCCAUGCGCUGGGGGAAGCAGGGGCGAAAGUAGCUGUGGCGGACCUGGUGCUUGCCAAAGCAGAGGCAGUGGCAUGUGAGCUGCGGCUCAAAGGUAUGAAACACAGUAAGCAACAGGAGAACAUCUGCUUUUUGUGCUGAAGUUCCAGGCUCAAUCCUUGGCGUCUCCAGUGGUGCAGCUAGGGCUGGGUUGGGCUGGGUUGGGGGCACGGCCCCUAUCUUAUGGUCCCUAGCCAAUGGCACCCAGCAAACAGGGAGGUUUGGCUGGUGCCUCCAUUAUACACCUUUAGGCACCAGGUGAAAAUAUUCCUCUUCAACCAGGCCUUUGGCUGAUUGACAUCCAAUGGCCUUUUAAAUGUGUUGUGGGAGGGGGAAUUAUUGGUUUGUUUAUAUUGUAAUUUUAUCUUGCAAACCCUCCUGGAAUCUGCGGGUGAGGGGCAGUGCACAAAUUUAAUAAAAAGUAGGGGCCCAGCUAUGUAAUUGGGUAUAUAUGCUCACUUUAAUAUAUUUUUCCUGUUAAAAAUAUGGAUCAUCCUUUCCUUGGAAUAGUGCCUAUUCCAAGUAAGUACGUUCUUAGCACCAGGACAGUAGAAACAAAACUCUUUACGGUGCUAUGAUUGAAGCGAGCUUAAAAUGUGAAACAACACAUUUUCAGAGUAACUUUUUAAAAACAAACAAACAAACAGGCUUGUCUUUUGUUGCUGUAGUUGUUCUAACACAGGGUUUCCCAAACUUGGGUCUCCAGCUGUUUUGGGACUACAAUUCCCAUCACUCCUGACCACUGGUCCUGCUAGCUAGGGAUGAUGGGAUUUGUAGUCAAAAAACAGCUAGAGACUCAAGUUUGGGAAACCCUGUUCUAACGUAUCUGGACAUCUAGAAGUAGUUGUAAAGCAUGGUAGGAGGAAGGGAAAUGCUGUGUGUUUCACAACCCUAGCUGUCAACUUUCAGAUUUGAAAAUAAGGGAUCAGCAGCCUCACCUGUCCCGGGGACAGUCUAUGGGAUAUCUAACAAUCUGGGAUAGCAGCGGUAAGCAGAGGGAAACGGUGCUGGAAUAAGGGAAUUUCCCGCAAAAAAAGGGGAGGUUGACAGCUAUGUUCACAACUGAGGGGCCACCCAAAGAGCAGGAGCAGAAGACGAUUAAAUCCAGGAUCUAAAUUUACCCAGUUGCACACUAGGCAUCUCCAGACAGAGAUCUGUGUCUGAAGCCCUGGACAACUGCUGCCAGUCAGUGUUAAUUAUACUGAGCUGGAUAGACAGUAUAAUCUUCUACGCCCCCAAUGUUCUGGACACCAUUCAGAACAAUUAUGCACUUUAUUUAUAUAUUACUUUACUUUUCUACUCUAUUCUUUCUCCAAGGCGCUCUGGCUAGCAUACAUUGCUCCCCACUAUUUCGUCCUCAAAACAGCCCUGCGAGGGAGAAUAGCAUAUGAAACAGUGAGUGCCAAAGGUCACUGACCCAAAUCCAAUGCAGCAUCUUUUACACAACUCUGACUUUUUAGCGUGUACCUGGACAUCAACAUUUGCCAUCAGCGCUGGUUCCUAUAAAUGCAAUUGUAAGGACUUUGUACAACCCACCAAGGCAAAAGCAGCCCAGCAGGCAUUGCUUGUCUUGACAAACCUCUCAUUGUCUUUGGCUAGAACAUUUGUUAGCACAGACCAGCAAUUGCCAGUAAAAUCCUUAGUCCGGGAUGCAAUGAUUCUGCUCUUGCCGUCUGCCGCCGCGAGCUCUCCUGGUGUCAUUUGGCAAGUUUACAUAUUUCAGUUCCCAAGCAUGGCUCUUGUACAAAGACGUUGUGUAUGUUUCUUUUUAGAACAGCAAUGGAAAGGUCAGAGGUGGGAUGUUCACAAGUGGGACACUGCAACAAAAUGUUGCAGUGCAGAGGGUUGCCAAUCAGUGUGCCAGCCACUCCAGUCGACUCCAUUCCAUUUCCCCAACUUCUUUCUGCUCUCUCCAACAGCUAGUCGAUAUAUUGUGGCCACUGAGAUUGCUCAGUCCUCAUUGGGCUAUUUUUUUUUUUAUCUCCCUUGCCCUCAGUUACAGGUUUUUAUCCCAAAGAUUUUCUGUCCUGCUGCAAACAGUCAGGUUUCUCUAAGGCUACAUAAAGCGAUGGCAUUCACCUUGCAGGUGAGAGACUGGGGGUGGCGGGUGAAUCAGUACAUUUGGGCGGGUGUGUGUGACCUGCGGCUUAAGAGAUAUUCCGUCCAAGGGGAUUGUUUUGAACAAUCAAGCAAGUUCUCUAAAGCUACUGCCUCAACUCUUUGUUGGUAAACAAGGACUAACUUAGCUUAGCCGGAUCCUUGUUGCCUAGCAGAGAUGAUUCAACCAGGAAAGCAAAUUACCCUAUAUAGAAUUCUUCAUUGGGGUACUUGAAGGAAAAAUAACAUACAAUGAGGCAUGACUGACGGGAACAGAGGAGAGCAAUCUUUUGUUAACCGGUUCUAUAUAAUACACAUCAAUCAGCCAGCAAAAGAAGGUGUUCCAUACAAUAAAUCAUGUGUCAGCUGUGGCAUUUAAGAUUUUUCCCUAACAAAGUGGAGCCAAACAGCAGCUAUUGCUCUCCCUGCUCUUUAUGCUACCAGAGAACACAUCCGCUGCAUAGCCACAACAAAUUAGGGCCAGUUCUGAUCAAACGCCGUCCAGGGAUCUUUAUUACCUUCAUGUGCAAAUUGUUACGGGCGCAUCACACAUGCUAAAAUGGUUGCCGGAUCAAAAAUGCUGGCUCAGCUCCACUAGGGGGGCAUUAAUAAAUCAGGUUGCUUCCAUGGGAUCCAGACCUGCCAACUCUCUCAUAUUGAGAGGACACCUGAUAGUAAGAGAGAGCCUCUGGCUUUGAAAUUCAAUCUGACCUUGCCUCUCUUCCCAAACCCCUAGCCCAGUCAACACCAUCUUCAUUCAGGCUUUAAAAGCAAUGUCAUUAAAGCCAUCUCCCCAAUAAUUUGCUUGCUCCUGAAAAUGAGCACCUGAGAAGCUGCAGGGUUGGGUGAAGGCAGACAUUUGUGCAAGGCAUGAGCUCCUUUGCAAGGAAAACUCUGCAAGAAGACCUUGACGAACCUGAGCUCCUUUGCUCCCAUAGCUAGGGAAAGAGCAUUGCUUGAUAGCUAUCCUUGACUCCUCCAGUUCAAUCAGGCAUCCCCAACCUGUGGCCCUCCAGAUGUUUUGGCCUACAACUCCCAUGAUCCCUAGCUAACAGGACCAGUGGUCAGGGAUGAUGGGAAUUGUAGUCCAAAACAUCUGGAGGGCUGAGGUUGAGGAAGCCUGACCUAGAGAGUUGCUGCCAAAAGGAGUUGGAAAGGAUUGGGCCAGAUGGACCAGCAGUUGAAGUUGGUUUAAGUUUGGUUUCAAAUACUUAAAUGUCUUCAGAUGAAAUCAAUACAAGUGAAUAAGGAUUUAGGACAGCAAUCUGAUGCAGCCUUCCUUGGGCGUCAGCCCCAUUCAGUUCAGCAGGGCUUCCUUCAGAGAAGACAUAGAGAGGAUGGUUAUUCUUCCCUAUAACAAGGCAAAAGGCUUGUUUUUCCAUUCCAGUGUGGUCCAUACCUUCUCUCUUUGCCUUGUGGGCUAGAUUGGCUUUGGGAAACAUGUAAUAUAAUAUUACGAAGAUCCUUCAAAAAGUGCACUUCUCCAAAUUCUGCAGAGCAAUUCUGCAGCCAAAUAAUGCUUAUAUUAGGGUAAAGUGUGCAUAAAAAUGCACAUCUUAGUAAAAACAACAAACAUGUAUUAUAGCAGUAGGGAAUUUGCUUUUCAAAGAAAUGUAUAUUAGGCAAAGCUGCAUACAAAAUAUACAAAAUAUAUUAGGAGAAACAUACUCUAAAGCAUUUAUGGAUUUCCUUGAGGGGAAAAGUAUAUAUAUUCACAAACAGAUGUGGAAAUGGGGAGAGCUGAAGGGGCAAAAUGAGAAACUGAGUGAAACCAAAACUGACAGAUUUUUCCACCUUAAUCUAGAGGCCAACAUAAUGACAAAUGUAUAGGAAAAUGGUCCUAUACAAGAUGAUUCAAUACAAUAUUCAAUUUUAGCUUUGAGGGUGUGGUUGUUGUUACAUUAUAAUUAUGUUUACAUUUUAUUUAUUUAAUCAGUUGCAUUUUCAAGACUAUUGCUCCGUAGAGAUUUGUUUCAUGUAGGAAUAUGUGAAGAAUUAUUAUUAUUAUUAUUAUUAUUAUUAUUAUUAUUAUCAAAAUGUGAGCAUUUCACCCUUCUAAGCCCUGCUUUAGUUUAACUGGCUCAAUGUUGAAAUGUGUUGUGCUUGGCCAUUGGAUCAGCUGCCCAGGCCUGUGUUGAUCAGGAAGCCAGGAAACCUGGGCUUCCCAAUCUCUUAAAAUCCUGGAGCAGCUAUAUGCUUGUUACAGUUUGAUAAGAAUGAGCCAGUUUAAUGAUCUCAAAGCCCGACUUAGCUGGCUGACCCUAGAAUGGGCACAAUAUGCAACCGGCAAAAUUAUGAUCAACUAUAGGGCACUUUUGAGAUGCACUUUUAAAAUCCUUACCUAAUUUUGUUCCUGCAACUACCCUGUGGGGCCCAUUUUUCACAGGGGUCAAUCGUAGAUGAUAAAGAGAAGGGUUUGAGCAUGACCGACAGGUGAGUAAGUAGCUCAGCCAGGAUUUGACUGUGGAUUCAGCAAGCAGUUAAUGCCCCAAUACAUUACCUCAAUAAAUCAUGGUGGGAUCUGUGUUUGGCCGCAACUGUACCCAACCAUAUUCAUAGUGGUUAGGUGCAUUUACACGUACCUGGAAGUUGGGAAGUGAAAUAAAGCAAAUACCUUGGGAAAGUAGCUGUCUUCUUUGUUUACUGUCAGAAAAGGGGUGUGGGAGGGACAGGGGAGAUCCAGUUCACAUGUAAAUAUGGAUCUACAAAAUUGCGGAGACCGAAACACAGCCAUUCUUUGACAUUCACACUUCUCUGAAUUUUGCAAUGCAGAAAUAGAGGGAGGCUGAAAUUGUCAGAUUCCACCAUCCCCAAUCACACGAAAGGCGUUUUCCAGACUGAGCCUGCAAAAAGCAGCAUCGCAUGAGCAGAGAGCAGCAACUGCCAAAUGUAAUUCCUGGCUGAAGGGUGGGCCAAUUAAUCUGACCCUUGUCCAACUACGUUGCAAAAGUACCCUAAGAAAAAGUAAAGGUCACUUCCCACAAUGCAGUUUUCAAGACAUAAGGGAAGUUCAGGGCUCCAUCCCUGAUUCUAAUAAAUUGAAAUAGGUGCAAAUGGACAAUCUGUAUGGCAUUCCCCAAACUUCUUCACUUUAUUCACAGAACCUGAAAGCUGUGAGUCUCCUUCUGGAAUCAUAGUGUCCAUAGCUCUGCUUCCUGAGGCAGCUGUUAGAACUAGCAUUCUCAGAUAUAUUUGCAGCCAAGAGACAACCCCCCCCCACACCAAAUACAGUGAAUUGUAUUCUAAAAUUGAAGAGGGGUGAGAAGAAGACGCAAAUAAAGAUUUCAACAACCGACAGCAGCAUCUCAAACGUUUCAGUAGAAGACUUGCAGUUGAAAUCCUUUGCCAGUAGAUGGCAGGGUGUUCAAAGCUUCGGCCAAAAUCCAAAAGCCUUGCAAGGGGUUGAUUGUGCCUAGCCCUUUUGAAAUGUUACUUUAAAAAAAACCACAUACAGUGGUACCUCAGGUUACAAACGCUUCAGGUUACAGACUCCGCUAACUCAGAAAUAGUACCUCGGGUUAAGAACUUUGCUUCAGGAUGAGAACAGAAAUUGCGUGGCUGCGUCAGCGGGAGGCCCCGUUAGCUAAAGUGGUACCUCAGGUUAAGAACAGUUUCAGGUUAAGAACGGACCUCCAGAACGAAUUAAGUUCUUAACCCGAGGUACCACUGUACACCACCCAAAAUGGUUUUGCUUCUUCGAAAAUUAUGCAUCUGUAAAUUAUUACCACUACUGUAUUAAUUGCAAUGCCACACAGUCAUUAAGAGGGUUGAAAGAGCAAACAGAUGACAACAUCAACAAAACCGCAAGCAAGUCAGAUGUUUUCUGUUUGUUUUGCUUCUUCAUUUAGGGAUAAAAAGCAUUGCUAUAGCAGCAGACGUAAGCAGACCAGAAGAUGUGCAGAGGAUGCUUGCUACGAUCGUAGAUAAGUGGGGCACAGUCCAUAUUGCGUGUAACAAUGCAGGGAUCAACAUGAAUUCACCAAGUGAAGCCACCUCUCUGGAGGAAUGGGACAAAACUUUCAAUGUGAAUUUGCGAGGCUUGUUUUUGUGUUGUCAGGUGAGUAUCGGACUCUGCAAUGCUUUAUAUAAAAACAUGUUUCCCGUCUUUAAGCGUUCAAAGCAAUAUGGUCAGAGAUUUGCUAGCACGAUCCUGACUACUUUACAAGGUUCUAGCAAUAAUAAUUUGCUGACACUAUAUCUACUAAGGCAUUUCCUGAUGGAAGUUAUGGUAUAUCUUGCAAAUGAGUUGCUCGGAUCUCAAUUUUUCUUUGUGCACAAUUGACAUGUGAGGGCCCUCUCUCUCACACACAUGGCCGUCUGCUUUGCAUGCUAUAAUGCUGUUUCCAUGGGUGAUCUUGGUGGAAUGUUUCUGUGAUUUGUGUUCUGAAACUUCCCUUCAAUAGCCACUGCUUAUCUUUCCACUAUACAGUACUUUCCUGAUCUGCAGAUGUGCAGGCAAUUUCUAUAUCUGUCUGCGCAGGAAGUAUGCAAAAGAGCCCAAGAGAAACAUUACUACCCAUUAAUUAUCAGGUUUCUCAAUGGGCACAACGGAUGGUUGUGCUAUUUUUUAGGGGUUUAAUUAAAAAACAACACACUUUUUUUUAGUAAUUUAUUUAUUUGAUUUAUUACAUGCCCUAAGGUCUCAGGGUAGUUUAAAACAAUUUUUAAAAUAACAUUAAAAACUGUUUAUAACAAAUUACAGUCCCAGGAAUAGGGCAGGUCAUAAAAAUAGGCUCCUCAAGUGUCAAAGGCUAGGGAAAAGAGGAAAGAGAGAUCUUGCACAAGUCUGAUAUUUAGCUGGAUUGAAAUUCUGAUAAAAUAGGUCUUGCACAAGACCUCUGACUUAAUUUUUUUUAAAGGUCCUGAUGUAUGUACCACAACUACAGGCUGUUACCUUGUAUUAACACAAGGAUAGUUUAAGUUGGUUAGAGCGUGGUGCUGAUAACAUCAAGGUUGCAAGGUUGACCCCCAUAAGGGACAGCUCUCCUCAUGUGUCCUUCAUCCUCUCCAGAUUUGCUCUGGAGAGUUGCAGUAACCCCCAGAACAGAUUUACAGGAUGAUUGAGGGAAAGGGAGGGAAAGUAGAUUCUGUUGUACAGCCAGAAAUCCGUGAGCUGACGGAAUUACUUAAUUGGAUAUUGACCACAAUAUGCAACAUAGUCUCUCGCAAUGUGUUGAGAUUUUGAUAGAAUAGCUACUCCUGUCUGAGUGGUUGAAACUCUGAAACUAUAAUAUAAUAUAAUAUAAUAUAAUAUAAUAUAAUAUAAUAUAAUAUAAUAUAAUAUUAUAUUAUAAUAUAAUAUAAUAUUAUUAUAAUAAUAUAAAUAAAAUGCCUUUGGUAUGUGGCAAUUGGUGGAGGGAGGCAUGCUUGCAUCAUUUGGGUCACUAAAAACAAAACGGCUGGCUGUGCUCAGGUGAGGCACAAGCAAAAAUACGGAUGUGGCUAUAGAGACCACUCACCAAAAUGUCACCACCCAAAACUUGCUCUAUUGUUACUUACCAGUUUUUCCAAGAGGAACUCUAGAUUAAAUGUUAAACAAAUAAAAAAAAUCAGGCUGCCAUUGUGAUGAUGAUGUCAUGUGGACAAUGCAAGAACGGUGCUGAUACCACAAUAAAUUUCCAUCUGGAAUUGCCUCUCGUUAGCAUUCAGUAAUAUCACAAUCAUCUCAUUGGAUCAGACUAGCCACCUAGGCGUCACCAUAUUCUAUCUACUAGAGCAGAAACGUACAGAAGCACAGACCAGUAACAGAACAUCCCACUGCUAUGGCUCAGCUUCUGUAGGUUUUAAGAUCUACAGUCCAAGCUACAAACAUAGAAAGCAAGGAUUAGACAUGUAAGGAAUUGCCUUGGAACUCUCAUUCAGAGAUUGAAAACAUUCAUUGAAGAGUGGGUGAUAAACACUUCAAAAUUAAAUUAAAUUAUGGCUUUUCUCGAUUUCUCUUUCCAAAAUCCAUGAGAAUAUCAAAUUCAAUAUAGCAAAAUAUAAAACUAAGCAUCAGUGGCAGCAAUGUAGACAAUCAUUUUAGCACAAUUUAAAAUAACAGCCAAACAUCAAUAUCAGAACUCAAGAACUCUCCCUUCCGGGCCAGCUCUUUUGAAAGGCUUUAAUUAUAAAAGGCAGACUUUUAUAAAGAGGUGUAUUUUAUACAUCCAUUUAACACUUGGGAAUGAGACCAUGCACAGCUCAAUUGGAAGGGAGUUCUUCAAUCUGUCCCCACCUCUCGAAAAGAGGGGGGGGGAGGUGGCCCUUCAAAUCAUGUGGCCUACAAACAUUUAGAGUCUUUAAAGUCAAACCAGCAAGUUGAAUUGGGCUUACAACCAGUGCAAUGGAUACAGAUUUUUUUUGGGCAGGGGGAUGCUUCAUUCAUCUUGCAUUUACUAAUGAUACAAAAACUCAAGCUAAUAUUUUCAGCAUCAGCUCUAAGGACUUAAAGCAGAGACCCCAAAUUUGCUGACGGCUUUUGGGAGCUGCACUUUGGGAGUGCACUAAAAUGGCUACGUAAACUUUCCCGCAUUAACCAUUUCCCCCAUAUCAAGUUUUUACAUCAAGCACUUUAGAGAAGGGGAAAAUUAGUUAGCACAUAAACUCUUCUGAAAAGUGAGUACUAAUUUAUUAUCAUGUCAUUAUUAGCGGAAUCACAAAAGGGGUCACUGGUCUUUCCUUUAAUUUCUAUCACAGGCUGCAGGCCGCAUUAUGCUGAAUCAAGGAUAUGGGAAGAUAAUUAACACAGCAUCUAUGGCAAGUUUAAUAGGUGAGUGAUGAGAGCUAACAGUUGUGCUUCAGAAUCCAUAUUUUAAUUACUGCCGAUGCUAUUUGAAUCAAUUAAACCUGUAUUGCGCAGAAGUAAAUCACUGACAUUUUGUAUUAGGGAAAAUGUACUACAAAAAUUUUAUUGAUAUCAUUUUUCAACAUUUAUCUGUCCUCUCCAUUUUAGAGCACUUAUUACUCCUAUAAGGAGGUGGGGUUAAAGCCCUCUGAAGCUGACACAUUUUAUUAUGUAAGAAAGGUGUGGGGUGUAAUCUACAUUCACCCUCAGAGUGAAAGGCGUGUUAAUCCUUUCACUAUUUAUAAACAGGACUGGAACUCAAGUCCCUUGCCUUGGUUGGUGGAUGUUUCCACCUCACGAUGCACCCAGGAAGCUCACAGCCAAUCUACCCAUUAUGCAGAAUGAUGUGGUAAAUGGUAGGAUUCUGAACUGUAGCACUUGAGGCUGCAGGUAGGAUAGGUAUAGUUGUUGUUUUUAAUAAAAAAAGUUCUCUCAUGUGAGGAGCUUCCUGCAAGAGUAUGGAAUGAGCAUAACAGUGUAGAGUUCUGCCUAAUGUGCUGUUUUCAUGGCACUUGGAGAGUUUCUUAUGCAGUAUAAGAAGUGAAGUCAUACAAGCAUGGGAUUAUUGUUCUGUUUUGUUUCAACUACCCCUUUUGUGCUUCUAUCCUAUAUUUUUAUCUUGUGAAUCGCCUCGAGAACUUGAGGACAGUAUAUAAAUUAAAUACACAAUACGGUCAUACCUCGGAAGUCGAACGGAAUCUGUUCUGGAAGUCCGUUCGACUUCAAAAACAUUCGGAAAAGCUACUGCAGCCAAUUGGAACCCGUGUCGGACGUUUGGGUUCCAAAGAAUGUUUGCAAACCGGAACACUCACUUCCGGGUUUGUGGCGUUUGGGAGCCAAAACGUUCGACUAGCAAGGCGUUCGUCAACCAAGGUACAACUGUAAUAAAAUAAUAAUAAUAAUAAUAAUAAUAAUAAUAAUAAUAAUACUUUAACACCCACCUUGAAGCUGACAUGGUGGAAUCCAUAGUUCUACUACUCUAUUCUAUAUAGUGGGGAGAACAGCCCCAAAAUACUGCAGGGGAAGAGCCACCCUGUAUAUGGAAAUUGAGCUCUGAUUAGCCUCCAGCAUCGUCCUUUGAAUUGCUCAAUUUGAUGCAUCCUUAGGCCAGUUCCUGGUUCCAGAAGGAGAAGAGCCGUGGUUCAGUGACAGGACAUUUGUUUUGCAUUCAGUAGGUAGCAGGUUCGAUCCCCGACAUCCCCAGGCAAGGCUGGGACUGUCCCCUGCCUGAAACCCAGGAAAGUCUCUGCCAAUCAAAGUGGACAAUAUUGAGCUAGAUGGACCCAGUGGUCUGACUCAUCAUAAGGCAGCCUCCUGCCUUAUUCCGGGUGUGACGUGUGCAGGCUGUGCAUCAGAGCUACCUCAGGUUUAGCUCUUAGAGCCAAACUGGGCCACAUUUCCUCUGCUGAUUCACACCCUUGUCUGUACCCACCCUCUGCCCUGUCGUCUUGUCUAUCCAGGCCCAUUUGGCCUUGAAAGAUGGUCUUUGUUUGUUAUUGGCAAUGACCUUUCCGAUCCCAGCCUUGGGCCCUUGCCUGAGAGUGUACCCUUGAGUGCCAGCUGGGCUCUCUUGCCUCUGUUCUAAUACCAGUUGUUCUAUUUGAUGCUUCUUGCCAACAGGUGUCUCCCCACUUGCGCUGUUGUAUCAGCCACGUCGUCAAGGAGCCAAUAAACUAUUGCAACAUAUGGAACGAAAUCCCAACUGCAGAGCUAAUCUGGAAGGCAGUUACAUGCUGGUGAACUGAGGCCCAUGUAACAAAAAUUGAUCAAUUACACAAAUUAAGCGUAGCCCUUUAGGAAUUUGUUUUAUUGGUCUGGACAUCUGUUGCAGGAUUGUCCAAAUCCAAAAAUCAAAUGGUGCCUGUGGGCUGCCAAGUUAGGCAAAAAAAAAAAAAAAGAAAGAAAGAAAGAGAGAGAGAGAGAGAGAGAAGCCCAGUAGCUAUAGAAGUGCAACUGAAAAGCUCGAUAUUAAUAUCAUGUCCAUCUGCUGAAUGUUACAUAAAUAUGCAGUCUUUUUAUUUUCCUUGGGAAUAACAUUUAUUUUUACUGUGCCCAGUUUGACAUUCUAUGACAUUCUGUUCAGUUUAUUACUUAGUAACUUUAACUGUUUCUUCAGGAAAAGAAAUGCAUUUAUAAUGUUGCUGUUAAUUUUUUUUUCAAGUGCUUUUACCAGCUGUUUCACUUACGGUUUUUAAUACCAGAGAUGUCGCUCUUGCCCAAGUGGAAGGCAUUUUUUGCAAACAAAAAAAAUGUUAUUUUUUUAAAAUAAGGGGAGGAAAAUACUGGUCUCAGUUUAGGACAAUAGCAAGUCCUGUAGGGAUUAAAGUAAAAGAAUAAAUAAAUGCAUUCCCUGUAUUGUUUAUUGUUCAGUGGUAAUGUACAAUAAACGGUGGUCUUUCCAAUACCUGACCCAGAACAUGGGAUGGAAAGCGAAGGCUGAGAUCUACAGUGCACCAGAUUUGAAUAUGGCUUUUGUAGAAGUCCUGUUUGAAUUAAUGGGAUUGUGAUAGUUAAAGCUGGUUUCCAUGCCACCUUUCAGCCAAAAAGGUUCCCAAGGCAGCUCACAAAGGUUCACACACGAGAAUAAAAUUCAACGAGGGAAAAUGUACUCUUCAAAAUUUUAAGACAACAAAAUACAAACCUUUUUUAUGUAUUUUUUUUAUAAAAAAGACUAAAGUCCAAAUAAAUCCAUGGUCCUGGCAAAGGACAGUCCCCACAAAAAUGUCAGAGACAGCAGGAGUAAAUCCUUAGGGAGCAGGUCCUCCUUGUAAGCGUCUCAGAAAGAGGGUAGGGGCAGGGCAGGUAUAAAACAUGACCCCUUGAUGGUCUAGCAGAGUCUCUUCCCUGCACCAGUGUCUGCAGGAAUGAAGAUUGCACAGCAGCAAUGCUCAAUGGCCUGUGAUGCAUGAUGCAUGUGGCUUGCAGUUAGGCUGAAAGGCCAAUGGCUGAAAAUGCACUGUGAAUAUAGAUUACAAAAUGGCCAUUUAACACCUUGGCAAUUUAGACACCAUUGGACUGGUAGUAAGUGUUCCCUAAGUAAGGAGGAAAAUAAUCGAGGAUGAGCUUUCCUUAUCAAAUGACUGACGAACAGUAGGCCUGGUGAUUUAGACUAGAGAGGCCAGACAUAAUCAUGAUGCUGACCGCAUUACUCCAGCGUUGAUAUUCCUCAUUCUCCUCAAAGGCUCAUUCAUUUCUCAGGUUACAGAGUCUGUAUGUGGAUUGCCCUUUUGGAUUUUGGGCUAGCCAUGUUAAAGGCUGCUCACAGAGGACCAUUAAUUAAUUAAAUGUCAUUCACAGAAUGUCAGAUUGGGCACAAUGAUGGUUCUGAGUCAGACCAUUGAUCCAUGUAGACCAGUACAGUCUUUCCCUAAUUGGCAGCAACUCACUGGAUCCGUCUCAAACAUAAUGAUGCCACUGGACUUGUUUCCCCCCCAGUGAUCACUUGAUAUAUAAGUUGAGCAUUAUGACCCCUGAAUUGUUCACCUGCGUAGAUUUUAACCUGACCCAAAGAAGAAUUCUCAGCUGACUCUGAGGGGAGCUCUAGUCCCCAACAUCAUCUAUAGGGCACUGUGUUGGCUACUAACUAGAUUACCGAAUAGCUUAGGGGAAGUUUGGAAAAGGGAGAGAAGGAAAAGAAACAGUCUUUGGGAGCUAAUUGCUAGAGAUGGGAAAGUCAAUGCAUCUAGAAAAGAAUGCAUAAUGAAUGGGCAGCAUAAGAGUGUUAUUCUUUAGGAUAUCCUGGUCUGAAAUUCCGUUGGUGGCAGGACUACAAAAGCAUUACAUUUGGAUUAUAAAGGCGUGAGAGAUCAUGUAAUAUGUUUAUUUACAAAUAUAUGAGCAAAGCCUAUUGGAAGCAAACACAAGCAGUACGAACACUGGUUCUACAUCAGAUUCCUCAAGGAAGCAGUGGCACCCAGUAUACUUCAGUUUUUAGCCAGAGCCUUCUUUAAAGGCUUAGCUUUCUCUCUCUCUCCCUCUAGGUGAAAAGUGUGGAUUUCCAAAGCCAUAAGGGAGAGAGUCACUAAGGACUUGCUAGUCAAGUCAAAGGCAUCUGUAAAGUAGAAGAUCUCACAAACAUUUUAGACUCCAUUCCGUGAAAAAGAAUCACGUUUAGACAUUCACAAUGUUUAAACAUUCCGUGUCAGGCCAGCAUAAAUAGCUUCUCGCUUUUUUUAAGAGAGCAGCCUAGAAACGCUUCAUGAUGCGUUGAGAUCCAUUGACCUAAAGAGAACUGAGGCUCAUAACAGUACCUCCAACUGUGGCAAAGUCUGUCAACUAUGAAUAUUAUAAUGCCAAAAUUUGAAGAACUGGAGCUGGGGGGGAAAGAAUAGUAAUGAUUUUAGAGUUGAAAGGGAUCUUGUACUGUCAUUGGUUCCAACAUCCUGCAGGAUCAGCAAUGCAGGAUAAAUCACAAUUAGAUGGUCAUCCAGCUUCUGCUUAAGUGCUCUCAGUGAAGGAGAGCCCAUCAUCUCCCAAGGCACUGUGUUCCCACUCUUACUUUUGGGAGAACCCACAAACAUAGGAAGAGCCUGCAGGAUCAGGCCAGCGGCCCUUCUAAUUCAGCCUCCUGUUCUCCCAGUGCCCACCCAGAUGCCUGUGGGAAACCCAAAAGCAGGGCCCAAGCACAAGAACACUCUUCCCAUAAAUUGGUAUUCAGAAGCAGGCUGCCUCAAGCUCUGGAGGUAGAGCCUUGCCAUCAUAGUUAAUAGUCACUGAUAGUCUCAUCCUUCAUGAAUUUGUCCAAUCCUUUUUUAGUGCUGGCCAUCACUGCCUCCUCCACCCAUUGCUCCUUUGGAGCAAGUGAGAGCAAGCGCACUCCAUCUUCUAUACUAGCUCCCCUUCAGCUAUUUCAAGACAGCUAUCAGGAAUUCUGGGAAGGCGAAACAGAUUAGGGUAAUAUAGAGAUGUUUUCAAACACCAUUAUUUUUCACGAAAGCGGCAAAGCGGCACUCCUCUGAGCUGAACCGACAGGUUCAGAGUAAUCCACUGCUGCUGAAAAAUCAUUUCCAGAAACAAUUUCCCGAUAUCAUUGUUGUCAUAAUAGGACUGGAUUAGAGAUCCUGUUAUAAUAUUAAAAGCUCGAGAAGGGCACUUUCGGCACUGUGAUUCAUUGAUCUCUUUUCGACUCUGCUCUGAAAUGUUUAAUUUAAAAGUACGUUUCUGCCUAAAUUUGCAGCACUGGAAACGAGCUCACUGUUCAGCUGGAAAACAAACGGCACUUUAAAAAUUUAAGUUUGCAAUAAAUUCAAGCCUUUGGGUCUUGCUUGGGGGCAGUGGUGGAGCUUCAUGCUCCGGCACCGGGGGGCGGAGAGCAGGCGGGGGCCGGGCUGGCGCGCGUCCCAGAGGCGCAGUGCACAUCUUGGGGGUGUGAUGCACCAUCCGCAGGGGUGUGAUGCGCGUCCUGGGGGUGUGGCACACUGCCUGCGAGGGCGUGGCGCCCAGCGCAGGUGGGGAUCAGCUGCGAUGGCACCCCACCGGGAUCGCGCUGCCGGGGGCAGUGCACUCCCCCCGCACUCCUCUUCCUCCGCCAGUGCUUGGGAGCAUCCUAUAGGGAUCUAGAUGCUGAACUUGAUGGGCCUUUGGCCUAAUCCAACAAGGCUUUUCUUAUCUUCUUAAUGUCAUAUCUCUGCAAGAGUGGGUUCUCAGAUAUCAAAAUACUACUCAGAAAUGCAUGUAGUAUGCCACAAGUGUUGCUGUGUGGAGUGCAGAGGUCAGGAUUCCAUCCUCUCCCUUUCAUCCCCUUUGUUUUCUGUUCCCUGGCUCAGCCAGUUUGAAGUCCAGGGCCGGCCCACCCAUUAGGAAUAGUGAGGCCAAUGCCUCAAGCAGCGGAAACCCUUGAGGAGGCAACACUGUCGGUAGGCCUUAGGAUGAGGCAGAGAAGCGACACCGACAUUGGUGCUGAUUUCGGGCAAGAUCUCGUCAUCAUUGCAGGGGAGCUUGCAGAGUGCACGAGGUCCUGUGUGAUUUGGGGAGAGAUCUCGCCCCAAACCAGCAAGAUCGCACCUGAAACCGGCUCGGUCCCCAACCCCAGCUCAGCCAAUGAUAUGACAGCAUCACGGGCUCAUCCCAGGUAAGCCAAAUCUGGCUUAGUUGAGCCUGGUGUUAAGUCCCUAAAAGGGGCUGUUUGUGGACCAUGGGGAUACUUUCUCCUUGGUCAUAUGACCAGCAUCAAACACUGCUUUAAAAAGGCUUAUUUUCCUUCUGCCAGGCUCAGGCAGAGCAGCAGCCGCUCUGUUUGGUAUAGCUGGUGUAUCUUUACACUGGCUUAACUUACACUGGCUUGCUUUAUGCCCUUACAUAUGGGAUUUGGUGAGCUUUGCCCACAUUGGACUGCCUCUUACACAGAGUGCCUGCUUAUGUCUGAGCCACCUGCAAACUGUCGGUUUCUUUGUUUUUGAAGUCUAUUUAAAUAUUCUUAUGUUAUUGUUUUUACUCUACCCAUCUGACUGGGUUGCCACUCUGGCACAUUAUAUGGGGAAUUAUUUGCAAAAUACAUCUCCUAUUUAUUUGUUUAUUAGGAAAGAUUUGUAAGACGCUUAAUUGAAACAAAAAAACCCCCUCUAAAUGCAUAAAGCCAUUAGCAGUAACACAUAGGCAAAAUAGCAUACGUUAAUAUACAAGUCUAAAUUAUGUAUUUGGGUAGGCUUCUUCAAAUAAAAAAGUUUUCUAGAAGGCAUCUAAGACAUUUUAAUACGGGUACCUGCAGAGAGUAUAAAAAGUAUGAAAUAGUCAAACCACAUGUGGUAUUAUAUUUCUGCAGCGUUAAGGAAUUAAUCCUUAAGUAUUUUAUAGGCAUUCUUGUAUAUAUUUACUUAUGUGCUGGUUACUUUAGGAAAACCGGGGUGGGAUAUGUAUGAAAAAUGUGUGUAAUAUUAUAUUUAUAAUGAUACACAUAAUAAUGCAUAUAAUAUGUUUGUAUUUUUAAAGGACCCAGGGAGGAAUAAUUCCCUUGUAAUUGAGAUCAAGCUAUGAGAUGAGAAUUAAGAAAAGAAUCCAUGCAGACAGUCAUAACAUUGAGAUUUUUGGAAAGUCUCACCCCUAAAUUCAAUCCUCAUUAGGAUGUUUUAGGGUGUUCCCACCAUGAGUACUUUUCCUCCCCCUAAACCUCAAGAUUCCUCCAAGUCUGCUGGUACCUCCUUCUUUUAUGUUCAUGAUGCCAUUUGGUCUAUAUAAAUGGCACUCCCAGCACAAGCAUCAGAAAUUGUGAGAAUGACUUAAGCAUGGCUGUUUCCCAAAAAGUAGGCUGCCUUAGAUGGGAUCAUAUUAGCUGGCUGUCUAUAACAGUACUGACCACUCUGACAAGUUGUAGUUCUCCAGGACCCCAGGCAGAAUUCUUUUGCUUUACCUGCUAUCUGAUCCUUUCGACUGGAGAUAGGAUUUGGGACCUUCUGCACAGUCCUUCUUCCCAAUUUGCAGUUUCGUUCUGCAAGCUGUGCAGCUUGAAGCAUACACACAAUCUCACUCAACAAGGAGAGAUUUCCUUUCAUAGCUCCCCCCCCCCCGACUGUAUCACUGAUAAUAAUUGAUGCGGUGUAAGAGCAAACCUCCCAAAUUUGCAAUUUCUAAAACGCUACACGAACGGAAACAAAACCGUCCUUCGAAAUUUGCACGUCUCUGAAUUUUGUGACUCGGUUUUCCAGACAAGUAAUAUGUGCAAAAAAUGUAUAUGUUACUGAAAAGAACAUAUAUAAUGCAUUGUAUUAGGGGAGAUUGCUUGUACAAAUGUCAGGCAAAAUUACCUACAGAAAUGUGUAUAUUCAUAGAAUGCUAUUGAAUGAGGAUUUAAAAAUAAAUAAAUAAGCAAAGUGAUGCAGAAAUGUGGAAAAGAGAACAGAACUUAAGACUGAAAACAUGAGAAACUGGGAGAAACGGAAAUCAACAAAUUUGUCCAUCUCUAUAACAAACUUUUAUGCUUUCAAGGGUGGGAUGAAGUAGGACGAAGUCUCAAAAGUUUCUCCUAUAAAAUGUAUGAUAAGCACUGCAGGAAGCCACCUGAUAGGUCUGUUCAGAAUUAGAGGUCAGAGAACUGGCUGAAUAAAUAAAUAAGUUUCUGCUUUUCUGGAAACAAAGACUCUCAGAUGGGAAAGAUGCAAAAGUGUUUGGCCCCUUUAAGCAAACAUGCAGUAAUUUAUCAUAAACAGGCAUAUUUGGAAACUUUAGCAGGUGCUACUUUUGCAAGGGCGAUGGGGUUAACUACCAAAGUUGUAUGUAACUUGGAUCUUGAGUAGAGUAAUUAAUCAAGAAAUUAGAUUCCUCUCCUCUUCUCCAGCCCACAUGGAGUGCUGCUUGCCGCUAUGCCAGACCAAACAACAGCAAAAAGAGGGAAAAUAUUUGUAAUGAAAGCUUAUUGAAUAAAUAUGUUGGGCCUGUAAAAAUGAUUUCUCUGUUGUAAAGCAAAGGGAUUCUUUUUAAAAAAUCGUUAUUAAUCAAGUUUUAUUAUGCAGUGGAAAAAGGGAGGCAACGGCUGGCUAGGAUUACAGUCUUAUGUCUAUUUAAGUGAUUUCAAGAUGUGGUAUGUUUUUACAUGCUUUUGUACAAUUCAACAAAAACGUUCUUUUCCACCGUGUUGAUUUUAAGAAACCGGCGAGAAAGCAGGCAGGCAAGCAAAAUACAUGAAUUGGAAGGAUAAAUCUGCUACAGCCUUUUAAAAUGUUGUUUUGCUAAGUUAGUUUAUUUGGUCAAAUUCUCCUGACUUUGUUAUAGGACUGCUCCCAAUUAAAUGAAAACCGCUCUGACAUGCAGUAAUAAUUUAACUAUUGAUUUGUGGGGCUUUUUUUGUUUUCCUUUUAUUUGUAUUUUCUUAUUCUUUCUAGAAAUAAAAAAUCCUAAAUCUUACCACACUUCCAACCAUUUAAGCAUAUUAUUAUUACUGUAAUUAAAAAAAGAAAAACCGAAUAAAGAAAAUUUGCAGAGUGUUUCGUGGCCUGAUAUGGAGCUUCUGGGGAAUGUAGUGAUAUAGGGAUCUGGUUGAGCACUAUUGGAGAUCAUGGUUAAACUCCACAUACUUGUGACCUGUGGCAGAAUUGCACCCACCCCAAUAAUUAUCGAAAUAACAAUUAAACAAAAAUAUGUCUUAUACUUGUUGCCAUUCUGAAACUGAUUUAAUUGUUUUAGCUGAGUUGCAAUGAUAUGUUGCUCACCUGUGUAUUAUCCAAAACACUGCUGUUUUAAGCCACUGUUCUUAAUGAUUUUUGACAGUUUUAUUUAAGUUGCCUUGCAAGGGCUUGGCCCUAAAAGUCAGCAUGGAAAUACUGAAGCAAAUGAAUGAAUGCCAGAAUAAAAUUGAGGGGAAGGGAAUAAAAAUAGCCCAGAUGAAGAAUAGAUUACUAAAAAGGGUAUUUCUGGGUGGGAUGACGGUCUGAACUUUGAAAAGUUCUGUAUGUGCAUUACAAAAAAUGGGUCUAAAAUACAUCCUUGUCAACAAAUUCAUGUUAAUUAUGAAACUGACCAAUAAUAUGGUCCUAUUUCCCUCUCAGUUUUUUUUUAAAAUUUUUUUAAUAAUAAGAAUAAAAUUUUAUUUAUAUCUCGCCCUCCCCAGCCGAAGCCGGGCUCAAAGUGGCUAACAACAAUAAAAGUAACACAGUUUACAUAAAAUCUCAAUCAAUUAAUUGAAAUACAUUCUAAAAUCAAUUCCUUCUAAAAUCAAUUCAUAGGCACUUUUCAUAGAUACUGCCUGGUGGGGCCUAAACUCUGUUUUAAAAUGUCACGAAAAUGGUUUGGUUGCUAAAAAUAAGCUGUCUUUUUUGCAGGUAUAUCAGCUUAAGGAAAGGGGCAAGGAGGAGGAGAAUAUACCAAAGUCGCUUGUAAGCGUGAACGUUAUAAUUAACAAAGCCGAUCAUUUUAGUUUCUGACUGACAUGUGACAUGUGUGGAUUCGCCCCCUCCCCCCCCCAUCCAAAGCAUCCAACCAGUCAAGUUGCUUUGAGAGAUUGGCAUUUCCGGGACAGAAGUGUACCAAUAUCUGCAUAAAUGUCUGAUCUUCUAUAGCAGGGGUCAGCAAACCUUUUCAGCAGGGGGCCAGUCCACUGUCCCUCAGACCUUGUCGGGGGCUGGACUAUAUUUUGAGAGAAAAAAUAUGAACGAAUUCCUAUGCCCCCAAAAUAACCCGGAGAUGCAUUUUAAAUAAAAGGGCACAUUCUACUGAUGUAAAAACACCAGGCAGGCCCCACAAAUAUCCCAGAGAUGCAUUUUAAAUAAAAGGGCAGAUUCUACUGAUGUAAAACACGCUGACUCCUGGACCGUCCGCGGGCCAGAUUGAGAAGGCAAUGGGGCCAGAUCCAGACCCCGGGCUUUAGUUUGCCUACCCAUGCUCUAUAACUUUGUGCUUGUUUGCCUUUUUAUACAUUGAGUUUUAAUUUUAAUAAGCAUCUGCAGGUAUAAUAAGUUUUAGGCUGGCAUAUGAUACACACACUUACAUGGGAAUAAUAAGUCUUACUGAACGCAGUGGCAGUUUCUUUUAAAUAGCAUAUAGGUUUGCUACAUUGCUAAAAUGUAGAUACUUCCGGGGGUCUGUUUGCAGUUGUUCCAUUUUCCUUCUGUUGAUCCAAAAGUCAGGAUAAUACAAUGGAAAGGUAUGCCUGCCUGUUUGCCAAACCUCUACAAAUAACUGUUUCAGUUUUUAUUUACUCUUUCUCUGCCGGGAAGUAAUAAUUAAAUUUCUGUUUCUCCCUUCCCAACCAUCCAGUUCCUCACCCACAGAAGCAAUUAGCUUACAAUGCUUCGAAAGCCGGGGUUGUAAAGUUAACUCAGACGUUGGGGACGGAGUGGAUUGAUAGAGGAGUAAGAGUGAACUGCAUUUCUCCGUAAGUAACAUGUAGGGUUUGGGCGGGGGGAGCGAGGAAAUAAGGAAAUAAGGAUGAAUGUGAUGAAGUUCUCAAGUUAAGAAAAUGUAAGAAAGCAAAGUUGUUAGCUAGCAAAACUUCAGUUCCUUAAAUAAGGGUGAGAAUACUCUCAAGCAUAACACAAAUGCCAAGUGCAUAGCAAAAAGUCGUCUCUAUUGCUGUGUAUGUUCUGGGAUUUUUGAAAAGAUUAUGCCAUUUGAUAACAGGUUUUCUAAUUUUGUGAAGGGUGGUUUUUAACAUUUCUUUUCCAGGUGAAAUAUUUCCUUGCUACUGUCCAAGUCUUCUGUGGUAAAAGAAAAGGCAUUUGACACUUAACAGACAAUAUUCCCCCCCCCCCUUCCAGUCUCCCCCUCCCCCUCACGCUUCUUUUUACCUCAGACAAAUAUACAGGCACUUUAAAAGGGACGUCAUUAUACUACUAUCAUUGAAAUUCCAUUCGGUGGUAGCAAUUACAAGUCACCUCGGUAUAAUUUUUGUUUUUUAUGAAAUAUAUUCAUUAUCAAUUGCAUUUUACCUAAUUUUUGAAGGCUUAAAGGUGGGAAUUUCUGAAAAGGAAAAAUACAAGACUCGUGUGCAUGUGUGUGUGUAUACAUGUGUGUGUGUGUGCGCGCACACACAUUUCUCUUCCACACUGGGUACCUGAGCUGUGUGUGCCACUCUAUGUGCCCUGGGCUCGCCCUAAGCUCGCCCUGUAGCCCUCCAGCAUGCUGGAGGACAUUGUCUUGUCAUCAGUGUAAAGUAAAAUUCAAAUGUGAAUUUGGAGUGGGAGGGGCACCAUCUUCUCCUUUGUCUGAGGCAGGAAAAAAGCCUUGGACUGACCCCCCAGGGCAGCAUCCACUGUCCGCCUUUUAUUCUCCCAACAUCCCCGUCAGCUAUAUUAGGCUGAGAGACUGUGGCUGGAUCUACACACGGGGGGCGGGGGGGAACCCUGCUAUAAUUAAUUCAGAAAUUAAAUAAUAAUAAUAAUAAUAAUAAUAAUAAUAAUAAUAAAUUUAUAAUUUAUUAUUUAUUAUUAUGGUUAUAACCAGUGCAUUUUUUCUAAAAAAAACUGUUUAGGGGUACUUUCAUUUUGACUCAAGAAAACCACCAUUUUAUAGUUCGAAUCGGGGAAAAUAAAUACAGUAAAUGGACAAAAGUACAAAGAUUCACAAAAAUGUUUAGAGGUAUGCAUACCCCUGCGUCCUCCCAGGAAAAAAGGUUAUAAUGAAAGGUGGGGGGGGGAUUCUAUGGAAAAUCGCAUAGGCAAAGUUUUGGGCUCUACAGUGCCAUCUGGUGUUGCAUGUUUAUAACGCGGUUAUAGCGUUGUACCAUGAGUAAUGUAGCUGAGUCCACAGGACUGGCUGAAAGUUAUCCAGCCAGCUCUGCAGCUGAGUGGGGAUUUGAACUUGGGUCUCUUCUAGUCUAAGGCCAAGGCACCGAUCAUUACACUGCACACUAACUUUCUAAUGGACUCCCUGGGCUCCAAAGAGAGCAACUGCACCCAAGCAAUGCUCCUGGCCACACACAUCUUUUUGCUUCGUCAACUUCAAAUUGGCAACCACCUUACUUUCUUACGCAGACACACACAUUGCAGAAGGCUCGUCUCAGACCCCAGCACAGUAGUUGAAAUAACCAUUCAGUAAAGCUUCAUUCAUGGAUAUUGAGAGGUAUUAAUAUUAUCUUGCAAGUCCCUCACUGCCCCUGAAGUGACGUUUAGACAAAUCAUGGCUACUUAGACUUACACAACACUGGUAUUGCCUUGAAUCUAGAACAUGUAGAAGUAAAAAUAGAUGCUAGUUGAUUCUGAUGAAUAACAACCAUUGCUACUGAAUUUGGGCAAAAAGCAGUAAUAAUAAGAAUAUGUUAAAGGUAAAGGGACCUCGACCAUUAGGUCCAGUCGUGACCGACUCUGGGGUUGUGGCGCUCAUCUCGCUUUAUUGGCCGAGGGAGCCGGCGUACAGCUUCCAGGUCAUGUGGCCAGCAUGACUAAGCCACUUCUGGUGAACCAGAGCAGCACACGGAAAUGCCGUUUACCUUCCCGCCGGAGCGGUACCUAUUUAUCUACUUGCACUUGGACGUGCUUUCGAACUGCUAGGUUGGCAGGAGCAGGGACCGAGCGACGGGAGCUCAUCCCGUCGCGGGGAUUUGAACCGCCGACCUUCUGAUCAGCAAGUCCUAGGCUCUGUGGUUUAACCCACAGCGCCACCUGCGUCCCCUAGAAGAAUAUGUUACAAUUAUGUUAAUAAAAAAAAAUGGAAUAAGCAAAUGUAUAGACUAGCACCAUUAAGGCCCCACAGACACAGUCCCAUCAGACACAACAAGAUGAAAAUAUGCAACCUAAACUUUUCAUCCCAUUCAGUGAGGAAAGAUGUACUUCUCUUUAAACGGAAGUGGGCUCUUGGCUGUGAAAUUUUAAAGGGAAGUGGGUCUUCAGAGUAAGUGUCAGCUAUUAUUAUUAUUAUUAUUAUUAUUAUUAUUAUUAUUAAUAAUACCCUGCCCAUCUUGCUGGGUUUUUCCAGCCACUCUGGGCGACUCCCAACAGAGGACUAAAAACAGAAUAAAACUUCAAACAUUAAAAACUUCCCUAAACAGGGCUGCCUUCAGAUGUCUUCUAAAAGUCAGAUAGUUGUCUAUUUCCUUCCUGAUGGGAGGGUGUUACACAGGGCGGGCGCCACUACCGAGAAGGCCCUCUGCCUGGUACUACUUCAAAACAAGGCCUGUUUAUUUUUUAUUGAUUUGCCUGCAUAGUUUUGGGCCACUUUCCCCACUCAGAGGCCUUCACAGCAUCUAAUACAGUGUAUCAGAAACAUAAUAAACUAUGUGAUCAAACAAUGUAGCCAAUAUGAAUACAAAUAAUAGCACAAGGAGCUACAGAACAACCCCUUACUUCAAAAUACAGCACUGAGACAGAAAUAAUAUAUAUUUUUUUUAAAAAAAUUAUUUUCAUUUUUUUCCAGAAUAUUUAUUGAAUUUUAUAACAAUUAAUGAUACAAAUCUCAUUCAUCAUGUUAUUUACAAUUAUUCUCCCUCCCCUCCUCUGGACUUCCCUCAACUCCCCCUCUGCUGAGUUAUUUAGUUUUAUUUAUCGUAUCCUGCUUUUCCUACACAAAAAUAAAAUCCCUUAUCAUUUCUCUAAAAUAUCUGUUACUCAAAGAAAGUUGUGAAAGUUUAUUCAAAUCCUGCCAGUGAAUCCAGUCCAUUCUGUUGUUUCGGCAAAUAAACUGUAAAUGGUUCCCAGACUCUUUUGAAGUCCUUUUUGUCCUCUCGUAGUUUGUCUGUUAGCUUAGCCAAUUCUGCAUAGUUCAUCUGCUUUUCUUGCCAUUGUUCCUUUGAUGGUAUUUCUUCCAUCUUCCAAUAUUGUGCAAUCAAGAUUCUUGCCGCUGUUGUAGGAUACAUAAAUAAUGUCCAUUUUUCUUUUGGUAGCUCUUGAUUUGAGAUACCUAACAAAAAGGCUUCAGGGUGUUUGACAAAAUUCAUUUUAAACAUUUUUUUCAAUUCAUAGUAUAUCAUUUCCCAAUAUUUUUAAAUGCAUUUGCAUUCCCACCACAUUUGUCUACCUGGUAGAACCCCGCUUGGUCUCUAUGAAUAUAUUUCAAAUUUACAAACAACCAUCAAGCAAAUAAAUAUCCCCCCCCCCAUAAAUUGCCAUAGACUUCCCCCCUCCCCUUUGUGGGUCCUUAUGUUAAUUUUUUCUCCUGCAUCUUUUCUGUUAAUCCAAUUGUAUUAAAUCUCAAUUACACCCAUAGUCUAACAUUUAAUUACAAGCGACAUUCCAAUCCUACUAAUAAUUUUAAUAGUUUGCAGCGAUUUUAAAGGUAAAUUAUAUAUUUUCCCCAUUCCUUCUUAAAAUGUUGGUCUUCCUGAUUCCUAAUUCUUCCGGUCAGUUUGGCCAUUUCUGCAUAGUCCCAUCAGCUUAAUCUGCCAUUCUUCUCUGGUAGGCACUGUGUCUUCUUUCCAUCUCUGUGCUAAUAUUAUCCGGAUACUAGGAGACAGAAUGAAUAUCAACCAGGACCAAACAUAUGCAAAAUUCGGGAAUUUUCCUACAGAUCAACAUGGCCACCUUUAUGUGACUUGGAAAAAACAACUGAAGUGAGGUGUUCAACAGCAGAAUCCUAAACUAGAGAAGGAGGGUUUUACAGAUAGGACUUCUGAGGGAACCUUCUCUACAAAAGCUCAGUGAAGCCAUCCAGUUUGGCUUCUGACAAUUUCUUUUUGGCUUAGCACACCAAUUAAAAUUAAUGUCCACUUUUGCUGAUAUAAAGACCAUCCAGUUUUUCUUGAGUCAUGUUUUCCACCUAUCUAGGAACCUGCAUGUUCCACCUCAGGAUGGAGGCGGACCUAGGUGACAGGGAUACCUGAUUUUUCAUCAGUGGAGUCUCUGACGCUCAUCAGAAGAGGGGGCAAGGCAUUAUGGAGGCCAGGGCUGUAAAAGCACACUGGAGGAGCUGAACUACAUUUGCACCAGUGCACCCAUACACCCCAAGCAUCAUCAUUCCCUCCCAGUAAGCCACAGCGAUUCCUCUGUGAGAAAGCUAGUAUUGCAGCUCUGCCCCACCAGGUGAACCCCUUAUGCCAGCAGGGCCUAGGUGUAACCUGAUAAGCACAAAGGUCCAAAAAAACCUCAUGGAACAUCUGCGAUCUCCUGCUGUUUCCCCACCAUCACCACCCCAAGUGCUCUGUUUGCCAUCUAGCCUGAUUAAGAGACCUGUUGAACUCAAAAGCUUGCACAGUUGUUGCCAUCUGUUCUAAUAAAGGUGUCACCCUAAGAUGAGUUUUGGAAUUUUACAUAUGGGCCAACAUGCCUACCUGUAUUUUUUUUAAAAAAAGAUUGUUGUGUUCCUGUUUUGAUGGGCCUCCAUUAUUUACCAGGCAAUAAGCACCCUCAGAUAUGCAGAUGACACAACUUUGAUGGCAGAAAGUGAGGAGGAAUUAAAGAACCUCUUAAUGAGGGUGAAAGAGGAGAGCGCAAAAUAUGGUCUGAAGCUCAACAUCAAAAAAACUAAGAUCAUGGCCACUGGUCCCAUCAGCUCCUGGCAAUUAGAAGGGGAAGAAAUGGAGGCAGUGAGAGAUUUUACUUUCUUGGGCUCCAUGAUCACUGCAGAUGGUGACAGCAGCCACGAAAUUAAAAGACGCCUGCUCCUUGGGAGAAAAGCAAUGACAAACCUAGGCAGCAGAGACAUCACCUUGCCGACAAAGGUCCGUAUUGUUAAAGCUAUGGUUUUCCCACUAGUGAUGUAUGGAAGUGAGAGCUGGAACAUAAAGAAGGCUGAUCACCGAAGAAUUGAUGCUUUUGAAUUAUGGUGCAGGAGGAGACUCUUGAGAGUCCCCUGGACUGCAGGAAGAUCAAACUGAUCCAUUCUUAAGGAAAGCAGCCCUGAGUGCUCACUGGAAGGACAGAUCAUGAGGCUCCAAUACUUUGGCUACCUCGUGAGAAGAGAAGACUCCCUUGAAAAGACCCUGAUAUUGGGAAAUACUGAGGGCACAAGGAGAAGGGGACGACAGAGGACGAGAUGGUUGGACAGUGUUCUUGAAGCUACUAACAUGAGUUUGACCAAACUGCGGGAGGCAGUGGAAGACAGGAGUGCCUGGUGUGCUCUGGUCCAUGGGGUCACGAAGAGUCGGACAUGACUAAAUGACUAAACAACAACAACAAGCACUUUGAAGUGAUUAGCUCUUUUACCUUGGCUGUAAUACCUAUAAUUGCAGAAGCUUUGACACAUGUUUCACAGAGGGCCUUCUCGGUAGUGGCGCCCGCCCUGUGGAACGCUCUCCCUUCAGAUGUGAAGGAAAUAGGCAGCUAUCUUCUCUUUAAAAGACAUCUGAAGGCAGCCCCGUUUAGAGAAGUUUUUAAUAUUUAAUGCUGUAUUGUUUUUAACACUUGAUUGGAAGCCACCCAGAGUGGCUGGGGAAACUCAACCAGAUGGGUGGGGUAUAAAUAACAAAUUAUUAUUAUAAAUUAUUAUUAUAGUUUUGUAUUAUCUAAGUGAAUACAUGAGCCCUGCAUGCACUGUUUCCUAUGUGUUACAUUUUUUUAAAGCUCUACAGGGUUUUAGCAAGAAGUACCGGUAUACAGGCUCCAGCUCCAUAAGGAAAUGCGUUCCUGAACUAUAUUUUACAAGAGAAUCCAUAUUUAUAGCUGUGUCGGUGCCUAAGGCUUCCUUUAGUAAUAUCUAAUUGCCAGAAUUAUUGCAGUAUGAAAGUGCUAAUGCAUAUAUCUUAACUAAUGCAUAUCUGCUUGUGCAUUUAUGUUUUGUUUCCAGUUAUGCAUAAAACAACAGAAAUGUCCUAAUAUACGGCACACAAUUAGUGGUAGAUAUAGUGCAGGGAUGGGGGGAGAUUGGACAGGCUGAUAAAGAGGAAAGCAUGGGGUUACUUUUACAACAAUAGGGCCUCCCAAACUAAAUGACCAGGGUGAUGAGGAGGAGGAUUAAUCACUUAUACCCCACCCAUCUGACUGGGUUGCCCCAGCCACUCUGGGCAGCUUCCAACAUAAUCAAAAGCACAUCAAAACAUUAAAAACUUCCUGAUACAGGGAUGCUUCAGAUGGGUCAGUUGUGUAGUUGCUGAUCAGUUUGACAUUGGAUGGGAAGGCAUUCCACAGGGAGGGCGCCGCUACUGAGAAGGCCCUUUGCCUGGUUCCCUGUAACCUCACUUCUUGCAAUGAGAGUACCGCCUAAAGGCCCUUGGAGCUGGACCUUGGUGUCUGGGCUUAAAAAUGAGGGUGGAGACAUUCCUUCAGUUAUACAGGGCCAAAGCCAUUUAGGACUUUAAAGGUCAACACCAAGACUUUGAAUUUGGGUUUCCUAGGAUCCCCAGAAGGAUGGGUGAAUGUGGUGUAAAGAGGAUAUUGUGCGAUUUUUGUUUGGGCUAGGCAGUUAGCUUCAAAACCCACAAAAUUUGAGCCAGGGGCUCUCCAGAUGUUGGUUUGGACUCCAGCUCCCAUCAGCAUGGCAAGUGGUCAGGUACGAUGGCCGUGGAAGUCCAACAACAUCUGGAGGGAUACAGGUCUCCCAUUCCUGGUCUGAGAGAAAUCUGGGUUUGGGAGUUGGAAGGAGAUUGGUUUGUGGGCAUGAAUAACUUUGUAGAAGGAAUGCAUGUUAUGGAGGCUGCCCACUCAAUCAGACUUCCAGGAAACCAACCGCAUUUUCUCACUAUGGUUCUGUGAUCAAAUCAGCUUCUGUGCUCUUGUGAACCACUGACUGUGGUCUCCAUCGUUGGUAACGUCUGCUGCUUUUUUCUCACAGCAGUUAGUCCAUGAUCAUGUCCAAAUGGAAUUCAAUCACACCAUAAUGUUCAGUGCACCUACAGCUCUCUUUUUUUUACACUUCCUUUUUCUUUCAAGAUUCAAACUUACAUUUUAUCACUCAGCAAUUAUAAAGUUUAUUUCCAAAUACUCACCCAUCCUCGAUGUUUAUAAUCACAAAUAUAUACUAUUGCGUCUUAAAAAUCCAUCCUAUCCAGUUUCAUCCUCUUUAACAGGUAUCUUAGUAUAUUCUAUUCCCCCCCCUUAAACUUUAAACCCUGCUGUGGACUUCACAUAUGGAAAAUUAUUUUUUAAAUAUAGAAAAAGUUUAUGGUCCUCCUUGAAAGAUUCUAAAUGUGUCUCUUAUCAGAGCCGUCAGUUUUGCCAUCUCUGCAUAUUCCAUGAUUUUUAUCAGCCAUUCUUCCUUUGAGGAUAUUCUUUCCUCCUUCCACUUCCAUGCAUAAAGAUCCCUUGCUGCUUUGGUUAGGUACAUACAUAAAUACAGCUGAAGCUUCCUUUGGAAGCGCACCUUCAGUUCUUGUGAUAACAUGUGAAUGACAAGGCCAAUUGAGAACAGCUGGAUUGCGAGCGAUUAUUCUAGCAAUCCAAACACUGCUCUCCAAUCUGGAUCAACAAGAUCCAGAGAUCUGGAAUGCUAAAGUUUUCAGGUUUGGAUGAAGCAUCUUGACACUGAUUUGGGGGUGGGGCAAUGAGUUUUUGUGCGUACAGUGGAACCUCAGCUUCUAAACAAACGAAAACCAGAAGUAAUUGUUCCGGUUUUUGAAUGUUCUUUGGAAGCCGAACGCCUGGCUUCUGAUUGGCUGCAAAAAGCUGCUGCAGCCCAUCAGAAGCUGCGCCAUGGUUCCUGAACUGUUUCAGGAAUCGAACAGACUCCCGGAAUGGAUUAAGUUUGGGAACCAAGGUUCCGCUGUAUAUGGAACUGGCAUAAAAGGACAGCAGAGGGAAGAACCAAGCAAAGCCGUAUCACAUCACUUAAAGGCAUCCCAAUUAACCAGCAUUACCAUCCCCAUUAAGCAACAGCAGUUGCUCUUAAAUAUCUCUGGGCUUUUAUGCAGUUUCUUGGGAGAUGUCCCAAUUAAGUGGGUUUUACUGAUUAAACACUUCCUGAGUAAUUGAAGUGUACUUAAAUCAUCCAAAUUAAUAACUCAUCUGAAAGAAAUCAACUUAUACACAGAUGGAAACCCCUUUCUCCAAAACACACAAAUGCACACACUUUGGGAGAAGAACUCUUGCGACCAUUCUAAGGGAGCAGCUGAUAAACAGGGCACUCAAAGACCAACAUAUCCACUGGCAUAAAGUGUGGGAUCGUUUGGGGGCUACUUGAGUCUUAAAUCAGCCCACACUGCUGCCUUCAGCAGCGAAAUGUCAGUUCUGCAUCUCCCGUGAAGGGAACCUAGAUAGUGUGAUAAGCCAUUGUUAUGCAACAGCAUUGCAUUCCAGAUGAGGCAGAGAAUUAACACCUUGGCACUUGUCACUGCUCAGAAUGGUUAAGAGCCAAGGCACAUUUGCCUAAAAGGGUUUUUCCAUCUCCAGCAUUAAAUUGCCCAUCUUGGCACGGAGCCUCUCCCAGAAGAUGUGCAGUAUACUGGGGCAUAUCUAAUAUUUGUAUAAGAACCCAAAAGCGUGCUUACAAGCCACUAUGUUGUUGUUGUUAUUAUUUUUCUCGUUUGCUUAUUUUUCCAAACCAGAACAGUCCUAAAUUAUGCUGUCUUUAGAAUAAAACGUUCAAUUUCCUCCCACCGCCAGCAUAAUUAAACGAAAAGCCUAAGUUCUACUAUGUGGUACCGUGCUCUAUAAUUUAUGAAUAUCAUAAUUAACUUCAGAAAUUUCAGUUUUGCUGGGUUUUAUUUGCCUGGAGGCAUUGGCCGCAGCGCUGUCCACAGGACUUCUAUAAGCUCAGGAGGGUUUCCGAGGCCUUCCUUUCAGUAAGCUGGUUGUUGUCCUGCUAUUAAGGACGAAAUUAAAUUUUGUGUUUAUUUUACUGAGAAAUUAGUUAAUCCACAUAUUUUGAACCAAUGUGUGAACCAAACACAGCUAUCCUUCAAAAUGCACGCUUGUCUGAAUUUUGUGAGGCAGUUUGACAACCAAACAAUAAAUAUAUUCUAUUCUAUUCUAAAAAUGCAUGUAGCAGUGAAAACAACGUAUUAAAAGGCAGUAUAAUAAGAAGAACUGCUUGCAAAAAUGUGUGUGUUUGUCAAAACUGCAUACAAUAAAAAUGUGUUUAUUGGGAAUAAUUCACACUAAAAUGCUGAUGAACGUUCAUGACAAUUUUUUUUAAAAAACAAAACCUUGUGGAAAUGUGGAGAACUGAAUUUAAGAUUGGAAAAGGAGAAAUUUAGAGGACUAUAAUGGACAGGUUUGACGAUCCUGUCAGCCUGUUAAAUGGAGAGAGGUGGAAAGGUUCAUUCAAGCAGUCCUACUUCAUCCUAUUUUGUUCCCUAGUGGAGAAUUGCAAAGAUCUUACUGCAGAAACCUCCCGCCCAGUAUUGUUUGUUGUGAGGAGAAGCUAAGCUUGCUCUCCCUUCUCCUCAGUAUACACACUGCUGGUUAGACAGACUUGUCAGAGAUGACUGCGCCCCCCCCCCAAUGCCUUUCUCCCCAGCAAGGGUGCCAUUGGACUUUCAGGCAGACGUUCAGGGCCAUACUCAGCAGAAUUACUAGGAGCUCUUCCCCUUGAUUCCAGAGUCUAAAAUUACCAAACUGCAUCACUGCACACAUAUACACCCGACCAAAUAUCUCUGUGUGGAUAUUCCUCAUUUGAAUAAGCCCAUUCAUUUAUUUUAUUUUUUAAAAAACCUUUUGUUUGGUGAAAAGGUAAACAAACUGAGCGAUCUAUCUAUUUGUUACACAAUUGGUUCUUGAAUAUAUCUCCAUAUAGAAAGAAAUGCAUCUUGGAUCUGGUUUAAAUGAUCAAAGCCAGACUGUUUAUCUAGUUUCUAAUGAAUAGAAAAUAAAAUGAUGUAGCAUGAAGCCUAAGGCCACACCCUGCUAACAUUUGCAAAUAAAACUGGCACUGAAUUGUAAUCAGAGAUUCACAGGAAAUGCUUGAAAAAAUGGGAUUGGUGUUCGCCCCCCCCCCCCCCAGUCUCCAAAUGUCUACUAAAAGUAAAAUAAAAUAAAAUGGCUGGCCUUCUUUGGAUCAUCCGUCACUACCCCUAGAGCACCUAGCACAUUUUGAUAAUUAUUAUUGUUGUUAUUCUCAUUAUUAUCAGUGUGAUCCAAGCCUAGUAUUGUUUCAUAUUUUGUGUGUGUGUGCAUGUGUCUAAUAUAUAUGGGGAAAAAUGUUGUUGAGUAACAGUAAAUGAUAAGCCUGUUGAUAUUCUUUUGCAACUGAAAAAUCAAAUUGUUUUCGUAGAAAACAUGUGCUAGAGUCAAGGGGUUGAGAAGACUGGGAUAGGGAACUACUUAGGGAAAAUAAUAUUGUGAUUAUAAUAUUACUUUGGAAUGCAGGAUAGUGCCAGAGGUCAAUCAUGUUGCCCUUGUGUGGUAUUAUUUCUGAAUAGCUAUCCUGUUUAUUGUCAGUUUCAGACUGAAAAGAAAGUAGGGUUGUGGAAGAGUGCCCCGGUUAAGCAAAAAAAUUAAAACAUGUAUAUGAGAAAGAGAGCAAAGUCUGAACCACAUCCAUUAAACAAUAUCGCAAGAGUUUCUUUUAAAACAAAAGUACAAGGCGGAGGUUUCUCGUUCCCAGAAUUCAGUGUUUCUAAACCCUGUUUCUUUGGAAGCAUAAAUUGGGAUGAGGAUGAAGUUUGAGAACAAAACGGCAUUUCGAGACUUUGUUCAUUUCAUAUUUAUCACUAGCUUGUUUGCUAAUUUUCAUUUGCAAGAGGCAAUUCUUCCAGCUAACUGGCUGCCUCAAUGGGCCACUGAUUUCUUUGAAGUGACAGUCUGUAAAUAUGCAUAAAAAAGAGAUGCAAUUAGCGCGUGUGUGGUUCAGUGCAGUCUGAUUUCAUUGGCAAGUUUACCCACAGUGUUGAUAAGCUACAUUAUCUAGAAAAUUGGCCGCUGAAAAACAGCACCUCUGAUUGCCAGCAAAGGUUCCAGAUAACAGGGUGCUGAAGAGAAAUAUAAUUGAGGUUGAAUAUGUUAACCAAGGUGUCACAUGUUCCUUAGAAGCACUAAUUUAUCAGCAUGUUGGAAUUUUUAUUAACAUUUGGAAUGCAUUUCUGCCACACUAAUGAAGUGGAAUUGGCAGCUCAGGUUUUAGUUAUUGUCAUUUCUGAGAAGUUAAAUGUAAUUUCUUGUUAGGCCCAGUUAUGUAAAUAUAUUUAUACAGGGACUGGGGGGGAGAGAAUUAUAACAUUUCUCAAAAUACAAAUAUGUUGCUAAGGAGGAGGGUGACAAAUCAGUUAUUGUUAAAGCCCUAAACACCCACCAAAUGUUUAUGGAGUGCUGUGGAUUCUUUGGCUCUCAUUCAUAUAUAUUUUUGGGGGGUAUAUAUAUAUAUAUGUGUGUGUGUGUGUGUGUGUGUGUGUGUGUGUGUGCGCGUAAACAUUUCCUGAUAAAUUCUCUGUCAUAUUGCAGAGAAGGUGUCUAAGCUGGAAGAUAUUAGGAGCCAGUUCCUUCAAGCUUUUUACUAACUGACAUUUUCUUCUCGGGAAAAGUCCUAGUGAACGUGAACUUUUAUUCUAAAAUUAGAAAAGAAAGAAAUAAUGGUUAUGCCUUCCUCUUGAAAUGAUAGCAUGUGAACCGCCUGCAUUCGCUGAACAUAUUGUAGACCCCCUUUCGCAGUGUCUCCUAAUGAAUAGAAUAAUUGCUAUGUCCAGUUCCAAAAAAUCUAUUUGUAGGUAAAUGCUCGCAAGUCACUUUCAAUUUAGAUGAUGUGAUUGUUUGUGAGGCAAAUCUUUCAAUUGGGACGUUAUGCUAAAUAAUGUAUCGCUAAUGUGGAAAUAAAUGAGGGACACAAUGAUGAUACAUAAAAACUAUAUUAGAAAGACAUUUAACGGGAAUCAUGUUUGAAGUUUCUGGUGGCUUUUAGCCAGGGAGGUUUGGAAUCUUUCUCAUCCUUCGUUUGAAAAGUACCUCCAGGGCUAUUUUUGUAUUGUUGCAAUUUUGUGCUGCAAAGAAAGAAAGAAAGAAAGAAAGAAAGAAAGAAAGAAAGAAGCCAUAACAAGCCGGUUUGUGUCUUAUAUGUUUAUACAGGGGGAUUGUCGAAACACCGCUCAUCCAUUCUGAGGAGCUGAAACCUCUUGUGCAGUGCUGGCUCACGGACAUCCCAGCCGGAAGGCUGGCUCGAGUGACAGACUUGCAAGCUGCCGUCGUAUACUUGGCAUCUGAAGCUUCAGAUUAUAUGACUGGCCACAACUUAGUCAUUGAAGGAGGGCAAAGCUUAUGGUAGAAAAGGAAUGGAAACGCUCUUUCAGUGCAUACGGAGGAAUGACAGGCACACAGGAAAGACUCCCCUGAUCACAUUGCAGUUCUGCACGAGUUACGAGUGUUCAGCUUCUCUCUUGACAUUGUCCAUUAAUUCCUUCCUCCAAAAAAUAGAGCUUCUAAUUUCCAAACUGCUAUUUUAGACCCAAUCUACAACAGCUCUUGUCUUAACAAAGGUCAGCAUGUGGAGGUUUGCUUAUUUUUUUAAAAAAAAUCUGCCCUAGACUGAAUGCUAUACUAGUACACACGCACAAAGGUCAGCAUGUGGAGGUUUGCUUAUUUUUUUAAAAAAAAUCUGCCCUAGACUGAAUGCUAUACUAGUACACACACACACUGAUUUUCCCUCUAUCGACACAUUCAGUUCAGUGGAGAAAACAGAUUGCCACUAUGCAAAUAAUUUUGUACUGAAAAAAAUAAAAAUAAAGUAGUAUCCUAUAUUUUAGCCAACACAGAAGACAUCCUGUUGCCAGCUUGAAUGUUGUGUUUGAAUCUUUGCUAAAUUACUGCUUCAAUUAAUCAAGAAAAUUUGUUGAUACUUCUACUGCAGCUGUAAUGUCAAAUAUAGGGGGGGGGGAUUGCACGGGGGGUGGGAAGAGAAAUGCUUGAAAUGCUAAGUUAUUCUUGCAGCAGGAUUUUGUCUUGAGAAAGUAAACUGAGGAUUGACAGUCAAUGUUUGUCGGUUUGUGUUGUAGCUCCCCCCCACCCCAGCUUUAAAUGGAAAUGAUUCCAGCAAUUGCUCUAAAAGGUGUUG